GUCCUGCUACGUGGUUGUGAAACAUGGAAGGUCACAAAGACCGAUGAAAGAAAACUGAACAGUAUUCAGUACUAAUGCCUAAGACGGAUACUGAGGAUUAGAUGGCAAUAAAGAAUGACAAACAGGAGAGUAGUUGAAAUGGCAGACACCAAUAAAAUUAGCUGCGAGGUAGUGCUCAGGAGAGAGGGUGAGAACGAAUUUUUUUGCGGUAUUGGGGUGGACACCAGAAUUUCAAAGGGCGAGAGGGAGACCAAAGACCACUUAGAGAGGGACUGUUGAAAGAGGAAAAAGGCAAGACGAUAUGGAAGAGCUGGAUCGUGGCUGGGGCAGCGGCACGCGACAGUGGGGUUGGGCGGACAAUGUGACGGCCUUAUGUACCUACUGACCCAACGAACGAUGAUGAUGAUAAUGACGAUGAUAUUACACACCGCACGUCCCAGUUAACUUUAAUUUACGUGAUAUCGUAACCCGUGGUUUCUCGGUGAAAGGAAAGAAAUGAUUACUGUGAAGCUAGAGAUCGGAAACAAAAAUAAAUUUAGAGAAAAAGUGUACCGAACUUGCGGGCUGCACUCUACUCUCAAUCGUCUAAUCCUUGUUUUAUUGUCUAUCAUCAACGUUCACCACGUCACAAACUUCGAACGUUCUCUAUUCAAACCUACCAAACCUAACCGUGACUGCGUGUUAAAAAGUCUCAACUUUAAAUGCGAAGUUGCGUGACAUGACAUUAAGUAUCAUGUCACGCAACUUCCAUGAUUACUUGGAACUCACUUUGUAAUCAGUGAGUUACAUAAUACAUACCGUUCUAGAAGUUUGACAAAACUUGGGGAAUACUUGAACUGUCUGCAAUCAAGGUUUGAACAAUUUAGAAUCACGUGCUUUUAAAGCUGCACAAGCAGCAAAGUAUUCGUAGGUUCUUUUUUUAUAUCAUGAGCAAAAAACUCAGGCACUGUGUUUGGUUCUUACCUAAGAUCUAUUAUAUAACACAAAUAGAAUUCAUGUUGCCCGGGUUCUUAAAAAUAAUAGAUCACAGACGACGUCACAAAUGUGGUAAGAACAUCAGUGACAUACUCAGUCUGCACCCUGCAGGUACUAUACAUUAGUCAACAUUAUUUUCAAACUUCUUUCGCCCUACGAAAGUGCAGAAAAUUCGUGGCUUACUUGAGAGGGAGCUAAUCCAGAAGAUCAUAGUUUACGAGCAAAAAGACUUUGAGAAAUUUGCACUCAGCCGAAAGAUUUCAAGAAGAAACUCAAAAUGACGGGUAGACUUCAAUGAAUAUAGCCUUAGUAACAUCAAUUACUCUUGAUUCUUUGCCAUGAAAUACAAUGAGACAUUGACUGAGAUUUGACUCUUUCUAUCUAUUUUGGACGGGUUUCUAAUAUUUAUUUUAAGAUCGCCGAUGAAUAAACAAAAUUAAUAAAUAAACGUUAAGUAUGGAACCUAUCUUUGCUCAAUAUGCCCCGUUCUCUCCUGUGUUAAUCUAAUAACUCGCAUAUUAACUCAACAAACCCUUUUCAGCGAAGUGCGAAGCAACAUUGUUGAAUGACACCUUAAAAGAGCCCCCUUAGUCCUCUUGCUGGCGAGGCUUUUAAACAAGGAAGGUUGUUAUUUUCAUUUCCUUUCUCACCGCCUCAGUUAUUUCAGUUAUAUUGUGUGGAGUUACGUUUUAGUGAUUACUUUUGGGUUCUUUAUAUUCAUUUUGAGUGAAUCAAAAUUUGUCAGAUUUUCGGGAGAUUCAAAUAAAAAAAAAUUAAUUUAAUUUCGUGAGCAGAAAUUUCAAAACCCUAUCAAACGAUAAAUACUUCCUUAUAAGCAUAUUGAACAGUCAAAUAGAUAAAUACCGAAAAAAAGACAAAAACCGAAAUUUUUGAGAUCGACAUCCGAGUCCCCACCGAUCUUUUGAUCGACGGUCGUGGUUUUAUUUCAGUUUCAUUUAAAGAAAACUCCCUUUCUCAGAAAAAUAUUGUUGUCUUAGCUCAGCCUUGAACUAGGAGAGAAAUCUGAAGUUUAGUAUCAUCCACUAAUAUUCAGUAAAACAAGAUUGAGGGGCAUAUGAAAAGUUAUUUACUUAAAUUGUGAAUAAAACAAGUCAUGGAAUAACCGCUUGUGGCACUCUGGAUUCAAAGACCAGAGAGUCAUGGACUCAGAAUUUAUGAGCGCUAAUUGUUUCCUAUUAGAUGGAUUAAUGAUGAACUAAGCCACGCCGGAAUGCCAUCGUCUAUUUUUUCAAAGGCCUUGCUCAUGUCAGGGUUAUAUGUAACUGCUCGUGGAAAAAACAAAAUUGAAAAAUGACUGAAUGAGAAUCCAUUAUUAUAUUGGCUCGACUAAAUGUCAUUUUAGUCUAUGGUGUCCUUCAAAUCUACAGUUAAAUCCAGACCAGCAUUCUUUCUGCAAUGAAUGGAGUAAACAAAACGAUUUUAGCUUAUAUAAGUUUAUUGAAGCAUUUAGGGGGUGUUAUACAACAAAUUAAUUAUUCUUAAUUAGAUUAAGAAAUAUUACUUAUACUAGGAACAACACUCACAAAUUUACGCAGCAUUUCUGACUUGAUCAGUUAUAAAAAUUAUCUCAACGGCAAUUUCUUUUUUUUUGUUUGUUUGUUUGUUAGUUUUUUUCUCUAUCAGCCUACAGUCAAUAACAUCAACAAAGCACUGACAAGUGCACCAAGUGAAUAAACGGUAAACUAAGAAAUGCAAAAGUGAAGUAAAUAAACAAGUUUUUCUUUCAAGGAAAUUCCACUUAACCUCCAUUUAUAAACUAUGAAAAUGGUUAUCAUCACUACCAAAGCAUUACUUAAAUAAAAGUACAAUAAAAACUACAUCUUAAAAUCAAAAGCUAUGAAAUAUUGAGGCUGAAGUUCUCGAAAUCUAAACUACAAAUUACCACAGAGUGUUAUAAGACUACAACCAUGGAGGUUUAGCAAUUUUGCUUUUAAGCCUCAGUCCUGCACAAGAGGAGCUGCUUCAGAUGACUCCUCAUCUUCGUCAUUUCCAUUUUCGUCUGCAUCCGCAGCAGUAAGUUGAUUACCAUCAUACUCUUGUACGCCAGCCUCUCCUCUCUUCUUAUCACUCUCAAAAGGGUGUGCUAGGCAACCUUCUUCUCCUGCUUUUAUUCCGAGAGGUAAAGCUGUAGCACCAUCAUCAAUUCCAACCACAAAGGGAUGUGCAGCAGCACCGUGCUUACCCACCUCAUGGGCGAGAUUUGCUGCAGCUUUCCCUUUGCCUUCUAAGUUAGUAGCGAAGGGGAAAGCUGUAGCACCAUCGUCAAUUGCAACCACAGCGUUCAGCUUAUCCAGCUCAACUUCGUCUUCCCCUUCACUGAAUAAUUGCAGAUGAAAAUAAGACUUUAACCAUCUGUGUUACCUAUCUAUCUUUUCCUUCUUUAAAUCUGGUUUAACGUAACGUGGUAAAGAUAUCCUCUAUAUCUUCACUUUAAUUUUUUUUCUUUUCAUUUCAUUUUUCAUUUCAUUUCCGCGUGCUUCAGAAAAUUAUCACUUGCCAAUGGAAAAAUUAUUGAUAUAGGUGAAGUUUGGAUACUAAUCUACUGACCCCUUUUUUUUCGACGCAUCGAUCCAGAGAGGAGAUUUUAUUAAAAAAAAAAAAAAAAGAUUGGAUAAACCUCCCAUGAAGAUAAACUAGCGCCGACUGCGUUUUUCGGCAAUUUACGUCAUAUAAAUAUCGUACCUCCUACGCGAGAAAAGAAAUACUAACCAAAACCAUCCGAAUUAUUGUCUACAAUCAAUAUAUCAAGUAGUAUUUUAAAUCGGUCUACAAGACUCCGAAUGUAUUUCAACUGUAUUUUUUGUAACAGAGUGACGAAGGGCCAAAGCUUCUCUUUCUCUUUACGAGUAUGCCACCCACAACCCAGCAUACUGGUAACAAAAAAAAAAGAUUCUAAACAAGGUGUCAAAGCAAGUGAAGGACGGACGAAUCCAAAACAGAAAGAAUGUUAGGAAACAUUUGACUGCCAUUUGAUUAGAGCGGCUUCGAAAACUGCUGCUGCUUCGAAAGAAAAAAAAACCUUUAUUUUGGUCAGUGUGCUCAUAAUGGUAAAUAUAAUCGGUACAAACUGAAAAAAAAAGACGUAUUUGCUCAGCAGCGGCACUUACUUAUCACUACUUUACUGAGACUUAUUCAAGAGUUAGAAACUUCGGUAAUAACCACACGUUCAAACAGUGAGCAUUAAAAAAAAGAGAAUUCACUUACUUCGGCCUAGAUGGCACAUGAGGUGGGGCUAUUAUCAAAGGAUAUGUGGAAAGAGAUGAAAGAAAUCGCUUCGUUGUGAGUAAGAAUGACAUCAUUAACUAAGUUAAAGCUUGUGACUCAGAAACCAAGUGUAACUUGUAUUUGACUCUGUUGUCAAACAACAGGAGAAGGAUUAAGGUGGGUUAUCAUGGUAAUUAGUUUCAUAUAAUUUGUAAGGUUUUUGUAAUUUGAUUAGCAUUGGGCUUUGCCGGGACUGUAGAGGGACCUUCAAAAUCAGCGCUGGAAAUGCAGAAUAUGACCUGCUUUAAAUAGCCCCUUCGUGCUCCAAAACACUGACCUAUUAAAAGCCACAAUCUGCCAUAUGAAGACAUUUUAUUUUCGUAUGGUAACAUUUUACCUGUCUCACGGCGUUUUUUACAGUAUGAAAUGAGCACCAGUAGAAAAACGACAGCAGCCAAAGGUCCCCCAAUGUAGUACCACUCCAGUGAGCUGCUGGAGGAAGAUGAGCUGCUGGAGGGAGCCUCUGAAUUUCCUGAAACAUAAUAAUAGAAAAAAGCUUAGUAGGAAAGUAAUUUGCUGGUCGGCAUUAAAAAUAAAAACUAAAAUCACCAACGAUCCAGAUAGCGACGAUCCAACAAUUUACUACAAUUUCGACAACGAUCCAACGAUUUACUUUGUUCAUUGCUCGCGUUGGGUGACGGGGAAUAACCCAUGGAAAAACAGACACAGAUGUGUUAAUUUACCAAAAACAAGCAGAUAGAAAGAGAAAGAUUGUUGAAAGAAUUAUAGAAUAUGUUUAACAUGUAUAACAUACUGCUACUGUUUCAAAUUCGUUUUGAAACAGUUUUCUUUCAAAUUUAAUUAAUUUCAAAUUUCUAGUUCCCAGAAGAUCAAAAAACCACUGGAAAAGUUUGUGAGGAACUUAAAAAGUGGAGGUGCAUUUUAUAAUAAUGACCUUAUAUAGUUAAUUACUAAAAUUAUAUGUAGUUCCUUAAACAGCUUACCUUUGACAUUUACCAUCACAACAGAGCGAGCCACAGUUCCUAGCUUGUUACGUGCUUCACAAGAAUAUUCACCACUGUCCUCUUCCACAACUUCAGUAAGAGCAAGUUUACUCUUUUUCUCGUCUAAUCGUGUUUCUAUAACUGCUCUUUCUGUUAUUAGCUCUCCAUCUUUUUUCCACAUUACGCUUAUUGUUUCUUCGUUGACUUUGCAGGUCAAUGCCAGGGCAUAUCCUUGAAUAAGUGUUAUGUAUUUCUCUGAAACAACUCGAGCAGAGGCUUUUCCUACGUUGAAAAAGGGACAAUUCGUUAGAAUGCUAGUGUCACAUUGAAACUUCAACUGCAUCAGAAACACCCCCAAAGAACAAAAUAAAACCAAAACAAAACAUGGAAACGAAACGAGUCAAAUGCGACCUCUAUAGGAAUGCUUCGAACAGUUUGCUUUAAAUGCAUCUAAAAUCCAUCUUCCCUUGUUCUUUUUUCUUCACUCUUGUGCAAAAGGACACAACAAGUGAGUCAUGCAACACGAAGUUUCUUUCUUUUCCAGCAGAGCGGAAUCGGGUGUGAUUUCAAGUAGAUGAUCGUACGUCUAAAUUGUAAAGUACUACAACAACUUCAUUAGGUGGUUUUCUGUCGCUUCCUGAGGAGAGUGGACUCACUACAUUUUCUCGAGUGGACUUACAACAUUUUCUCAAGCUGACACGGUGAAAUUUCCAAGGAUAAAUUGUGGAUAUCAUAGACGGAACUAGAAUCAAGAGCUGUUAUCACAAUUCAAUCGAUAGAAAAUACUUCAUGGAAAGUCUGUCCAUACGGUAUUUUACGCACGAGUUGGUAGUAUCGGAAAUCGAACAGGUGUGCGCAGCGAACCAAUGAGAUUUCUGGUACAAACCGACUCGCUGUUUUCUCUUUUGUGUUUUUGCUCUGCAUGCUUUCUAUUCCGCAUAAUUCUCCACAGAGGUUCCUCAGUCAUCUUUUGUAAGUAAUUUGGUUUAAUAAACAGUCCUGAAAGCCGAUUUUUAUAAUGUUAUAGACGGAAACUAUGCCAGUGAAAGAUUAAUAAGAAUAACAUACGCUUUACGGGUGAAAAAGCACGAUACGCGGUUCCUCACACGUAAAAAAAGCGAUGUGCGCCAUUUGAUUGCCUCUCGGCUUCUUGGACCAGCUUGGGAAGAAAAUUUUACUUCAUGCUUUUUCAGCGUGUAAAUCCGUAAAUCUUGACUCUGUGAUAUUCUCCACCCUCAUGGCUAAGUCACAUUGCGAUUUAAAAAAAGCCAUAAAUCAACUUUGUGAAGAGAUCUAAAAGAAUUGAGGAUGCGAGGGAAUUCUUUCGAAUGCUUAAUCUCUACUCGACCUCCGACGUCGGUCACGGAUGGAAGCGUAUUCGCUUUAAGUGGUUUCCUCUGUUUUAGUUUUGUUGUUCAAUGUAGAGAAUAAAAUUGUGUGUCGUAUGUAACUUUGGCUUUUGCAUCUCGCUUACUUUUAGCUUUCUUCUGAGAUUCUGGAUCUCUCCGUCUCGGAAUUCUCUUCUUCAGAUUUUUCCAGCUUGAAAGUACAUUGCAUAUCGUGAAGUAUUUCGAAUCAAUCAACUCUCUAUAGUGCCAUCACCUGUCCUUUUUCUUCAGCGCUUCUUUCCUACCCAGAUCUGCGCAGUUCUUUGCAUGUGUAAUCAUAAAGAUCCAAGGACAUAAGUAUUAAGCAUUGAUAUCACCAGUCUUUUUGUAGGUCAGGCCCCGGUUGCUCGAAGGGUGGAUAACACUAUCCAUUGGAUAAAACUCUAUCUGGUGGAGAACGCUUUUCGUUUUGCUACAACAGAUUCACUGGAUAAAUAUUUAACCGUUAGAUAGCGUUAUCUGCCCUUUAUACAAGUAGGCCGAGUUUACCUAAAUUCUCUUCGCGCUAUUCCUUUUCUCCGUCGCUAUUGCCCAUGGAUUUACAAGUUCAUUUUUCUGUCUUCAUUUCUUCUCUCCCUAUUUCUCUUAUUCGUCUUCAACUUUAUCAUCGUCAUUAUCAACGUCACCAUCGUCGUCGUACUCAUUAUCAUCAUCAUCAUCAUUAAUAUCAUUAUAACUGAACUUACCAUAAACACGCAAAGUUGCUGAGGAACUGGUUGUGUUUGCCUUGUUUUUCGCUGUACACUUGUAAGUCCCAUUCAUCUCUCUCGUGACACUUGGCGAAACUAGGAUUGAUCCUCCUUCGUAACCGGUUUGAUUGAUACCAGAUGGCAGGUCACCAUUAUUAAAAGUCCAGACUAAGGUUGGUGUUGGAAUACCUGAGGCUACGCAACUAAGGUUUACAGGGUAACCUUCGGCAAGAGAUUGGCUUCUCGGAGGCUCAGUGAUCUGGGGAGAGACUUGAAGUAAAAAGAUCACCAAGCUCAACAAAGGGUCGCAUUUUCCAUUUUAACCCCCUCUGCCCCCUUCCCUAUCCAACCCUAAAUUAACUAGUUUCAAAAUAAAAGCAAAUUACGUUAUUGCCGAGUCUAUUUUUAAGCCAAGGUUAUUUUGAAAUUAGUUUUCUUCACUUUUGAUAUAGGAAGGUAUAAGUCGGCCCAAUGUGACAUCAAAACAUUCUUUUAUUUCCUUAAAAGAUUUCCUAUCUUAAUAACAGCCCAGGAGUUAACAACUUAGUUACCUAUUUAUUAAUUUCUUCAUUCUUUUCUCACUGGUUGUUAGGUUUAAUAUCAACACCAUGGUCAAGAGUACCAGUUUCUCUAAGUUCAAACUACACAUUUACUUUGAAUAAUAGCCAAAUAAUAAUGGUUAAAAGGCUUGCAUCAAUGAAAAAUUUACAUGGAUGUUUCGCUUUCCAACUUCAGUAAUAAAUACUUAAAUAAUAAUGCACUGAUAGCCAAUUUGCACUUCUAAAAAUGUACAUGAAAUCAUGUCAGCCAUUGUUAUUUAAGAAGCAGAAAAAAGGUAAUUAAAAAAAUUAAACGGACUUUUAUAAUAAAUGCCGUGACAAAAUAUGGUGAUAUCUUUAAAGUCAAAAUUGCUCGACGCUCCAAAAAGAAAUCAGUUUAAACUGCCCAAAAAUUAAUUACAUGUCUGAUCACGAAAUUCAUUUACAUUCGAUGUAUAAGUUGGCAUGUUCUCGCUUUUUAAAUGUUAUCAUCAAUCAAGUACUUUUUUUAAUAUUUUUAAUCAAUUUUGAAACUUUUGUGGUUUCAAGUCCUUAAAUUGCAUUUGGUAUCAUAGAAAAGAUUUUAUCCUUAUCCAACCAAAGAUCUAAAUUGAUUAUUGACUCAAGUUCUUUCUAUAUGUAAAUAAGAACCGUACCUCCCGCCACUUCGAUCCAGAAAGUUGAGUUUUUGCUUCCUUCGCUGUUUUUGGCGCUGCAGGUGUAUUGACCAGAGUCUUCAAAUCUCGCUUGGCGAAUCGUGAAAGUGUUGUUGUUACCGAGAUUCACGCCAUCCUUAGUCCAGAGUAUCUCGGGUGUAGGGAAACCGCUUAGAGAGCAAAUGAACUGAAGCGACGAGUUAUAGGCAAUCGACCGAUUCUUGAGCUCAGGAUUAAUUUCAGGAGGACCUGGACAUAGAAUUCAAAAGCACAAUUCAAAAAAGGUGAAAGUUUGAAAAGAACAACAGAUAAUGAGAAGAGCAAUAGAACUAAAAUAAGUAAGUCAACAUUUAUUUUUCCCUUCACUGUUUUUAGCGCUGCAUGUGUAUUGACCAGCAACGCCAUAAGUCACUCGAUUAAUCGUGAGCAUGUUCCUGGUAUCAAGUAACUUUCCAUCUUUUGUCCAGUUCACCUCUGGUUUAGGAAAAGCCCCCACGAAGCAUUGAAUUUGAAGUGUUGAAUGUAACUUGACAGACUUCUCUCGCCGAGAAUUUAUUUCGGGACGACCUUUUUAAUUUUGAAAAGAAAAAUAAUGAUUUAUAUAAAACUUGAUCCCCAUCCCCUCCUAUAUUUUCUCCUUUUUCUUUAUUUGAAUUUUUAUUCUCUUCCUUGCAUUAUCACACACGUAAAUUUUUUAUUCCCACCGCGCAUUUCCUCAGAUUUGGAAGUAGGCUAUGAAAAGUUAAUAUUGACCAGAACUGAAAUCUUUUUCUAUCACUAUUUGUUUCAUAGAACCCCCGUUAUUUAUGACUUUAUUUCUCAAGAGAAUGUGUUUUUAUUUGCUAUUUAUUUCCAUUAGAUCAUGAAUAUAGGUCCUGACAAGUUUUUUUGUUUCGUGACUCCCAAAAACUGUGUUUGCUACAACAUCAAUUAAGAAAUUCGCUUGUAGCCUUCUACCCGCAGAAGGCAAAUCCAUAUAUUGAAACGUUCUUAGACCUCUGUAAACUAGAGACAUUGCGUGAUGUUGAGGGGUCAAAUAUUUACACUGAAUCUGUGACCCUCAAACGGGUCACGUACUCGUACAUGUAACGUCCGGAAAAUGUCACGCAUGUAUAACACCGUAGGCACACCUAGCGAAUUCUAUCCACUGGCUUCAAUAGUAAAGAGACGACUUAUUUGUUAUUGGUAUAUGAGCAAGCUUAUUUACCCUACUUGAAAAAUUCCAUGAUGAAGUCUACUAUUGUCAGACGAAACGUGUGGGGGAUAAAUACAAGUUUUACUUUCUCAGUUCGUGCAGUGAUGCUCACUAGCUUGUUCCGUCAAAAACGCUUUUAAUGUGAAGUCACGUCGACCUCGACAGAAAAAUUAAGCUCACCCUGUCAUAAUCAAUGGCUUGAUACCGUAAGUACCAAUUUAGGUACAUCAUUGGGCUUUGAUCACAAUAAUGAAAAAACUGUGCUUUUCCUCACGCUCGCCACAUUUAUUCUUUGGAAAACUAUUUUACUGGGGGGCGAUGUCGUUUACCUUGGCACGUCUUGACUCUCACCGACGAAAAUUAUCGAGGUGAACCCCAUGAAAUUCUUGUCAAAUGUUUUAAAAACUUUGUUUACCCCUGAUUUGCAUGCAAAAAAAAAAAGGCAAACUCCGAACGGUAUUUCAAAACAUUUUAUUAAUUGGUCAAUUUAUGAACUGUUUUAUGGCAGCCCGAGGAAAAAGGCAAAACUGAAACCACUGGCGUAUCGGUCAAAUGAAUUCCAAUUUUUUCAGCAAGGAGUUGGUAAGUUCAUUUUUCCCGGUAAAUUUAAGUGGGGGUCAAUUUUUGGUGACAGCCGAAGAUAGACGUCUCUGAAACGUCUCUGAAACUCUUAAAAAGUUUACAAUUACAUUGUUAAUCCUAUGUAGUGUAGGUGUAUCAGUUGUAUUACGUCUUCAUAGCGAUGCCAUAUAAGAAAUCGAGUGUCUAAAAAGCCCUCAAUUCAGCCCAACACUCGAAUUGAUAGAUUUACGAUGGUGCAGUUGUCUUGUUCAUUUGCAACUAACUUUAGAACCAAAUCUCGUGAACAAAAACAUUCGAUAAACAACCAUACAUGACAUGUUUGGAUCAUUUAACAAAAUAAAAUAUGUAAGACAGUGGUGCAGUCUGUAUUUCUCCCUUUCUCUAUAAUUACUUUCAAUGCUUAUGUAACAUUUGGUUACGGUAAACUCAUUAAGUUGGUAUUUGGCGCGAUGCCCUAGGGUUUGCUAAACUUAUCGAGACACGCUUUUGAGAGCAAAAAUACAAUUUGAAGACGAUAAUGCGAUGGGAAUCCGUGCCAGUCUGUCUUUACCUUUAUUCCCAUGUUGAUGGUUUCCAGACAGACCCCGUCCUUUAUGUGCAAACACUCUGGCGUGCAUAAUCAGUUAAUGAACAAAUUCAAAAUACACAAACUAUAGUUUAAAAACAACAUUUUAAGCCCCUCCUUUUUAGGAACAAACCGUAACAAAUUUAACUUAUGAGUCUUAGUAGCUUUUCAAGCGAUUUAUGCAGCAGAAAAGGCCUUCCUAAAAACUCACUCUCACCUUCAGAUCGGGUAAGAUCGAAAUGGCCUGCUCCUUAUUGGUUCCCUAACCAACAUCAAGGACCAAUAGGAAUAAUGGAAACCCGGUCCUCAAGCCAAACGAUCUACGUAUAAAAAGGUCACAGAAGCAAUUUCCACUCGGGAACGGAAUUGAGAACACCACUCUACCUUUCCCUGAAAGACCUUGCUCUUGCAACAACAUCUUCAAACAACAGCUGAAGAGACUCGUGAAGAGUCGAAACCGUCGAUAUCGUUGUAGCCACUAUAAACAGUUGCACCAAUGUCCGCCUUUGACAACUCUCUAGCGGAAUACCUUACACAAAGUCUUGGUGAAGAAGACGAAAACGAUAUCUCACGAAAAAAAACAUGUAAAUUGGCAACCGCUCAAAGAAAAGCACUCAGCAAACAUUAUAAAAAAAAAAUAGUGACAAAAUAGCCAAAUUAAGGAAUGAGAUUUCUGACUUAAGAGUCUAUUUAUAUACUUGCAAAUAAAAUAGGUGGAAAGUAUAAGUGUGCUUGUUAAGCAGUAUACUAUCUAGAUUGACGAUGAAUAAACACGUGGGCAGACAUUAUGAACUAAUUUAUUCACACCCCCGAGCACGCAUUGAUACGGGAACUUUAGAAUGUGAUGCAAUCGUGUGCGAGUAACGCAACGGUGACAUGACAUCCACCUAGUCAAAAAAAUAAUAUACAGAGAGAGAUAUGCAAAUACAAACAAAUAGUGUCUCCGGAGUUCAAGAUAAAAUUAAUGUGACCCAUUGUUCAAUAAUGACAAGAUAAUGACAAGAAAAAGAAGAAAAAUGUUCCAAAAGGCACCGACAAUAUGGAGUGCUCUUGUAAGGUUGUACUCUGUUAGCCCACAUUCUAGUAGAGUUCGUUGUCAUUAAACUUCCUUGGAUUUCGGAUCAUUGUCUGUUAAACAAUUUACUGGGAUGCCGUGACGGGCAAAGUGGACUUUGGUGAGCACGACGAUGGUGGUAGAUUGAGUGUUAAUCAGCUGGUCCAACUCAUAGAAAUCACUGUAAUGGUCUACGGUGACUAGGUACUGGUUAUGUUGGAACUCAAAUAUAUCUUGCGAGAUGAACUGCCAAGGUCUUGUAGGGACAGGAGGGGAUAGUAUGGUCAGUGGCGGCUUGCUUUCCACACUGGGAGCAGGUAGGGCAUGACUAAAAACAUGCUUCUAUGUGAAACGAAGUCAAUAUUCUACUCCUCUAUGGCAGUAGUGGACUUUGCUAUUCCUUCCAUGUAGCUUGUGGAUGUUUUCUUCCAAGGUGGAGAUGAUAUUCUUGAUGAUAAGGACAUCGAAUGGCUUUAUUGAGGGUCUGAGAAGGGUUUAAGCAGCUCCGUAUUUUCCCGGUUUGGUGAGGGUUGGUUCUCGCUUUCGGUUCAGAUAUCCUUACCAGCUUGCCAGUGGUUUCAUACGCAUCCAGGGCCGCUUUUAUCGCAUCCAGCUUUGAAAUCGGCUCGCAAUGAUUGGGGGCAUGGAUGGGUUUGACAUCUGGAUCCUGGUUAAGACCGACGGGUGGGCCGCGGAAGCUUAGACCUUGAAAAAGUGAGCUCCAGUUCUUGGAAAUGAAUUCCGGAGUUCAAGUCCCUGGAGUAGGCCAGACUCGCAUUGACGUAUCUGGACGUGGUGGAGGGAGCCCAGCUGCUUAUACCUGAUGGCUGUCAGGUUCAGUCGUUAGUGGCUGGGGAGGGUUACUUGUGGAACAUUUCCUUAUGAAGUCCGCACGUAGAGGCUUGGAGGGCAAGUUGACCAAUGGGUCUGAUUGGUGGACUGUCAUACAGUAAUUGAUGGUAGAAUCUUGGCCCAAGGCAUGCUGGAGAGGUGGCAGGAUAGAAAUGUGUUUCAAGAGACUGCAGAAUCUAUUUGGAAAGGAAUUUGCGCUCUGCAGUUUGAGUUUGGUUUUUCCAAAAGAAGCAAGACGAAAUGACCUUUGUCAGAGGAUGGGGCCGUUGUAGUGACGCCAGUGUUAGGGGUUGCCCGCUUGAGAGGGUGAAGCAGUUCUCAUACUGUAUGCCUUCCUUGGGAAGGGUGUAGAAGUGCUCUUCUUGUUCCACCAAUCUCAUGUGUUCCCGUCUGGGACUCGGUGGGGUAGGUUUAUGGGAGGCAAGUUUGGAGGCUCGGUUGUCUUUGGCUACUUGUUGACAGACGCUUGCAAAGUGAUCAGUUUUGUGAGAACAGCUACAAGUCUGGCCUGAAGCUAGGCAUAUGUCACGGUAGUGUUGCCACUUGGUGCCACAGAAAAAGCAAGAUCUGUUAGGGUAGAUUCCAGGUCUUGGUUUGCCCGGAGGUUUUUUGACCGCUGUCGUGGAAGUGGGAGAGUGAACUUGUUCUUCUGUGGUGGAAUUAACCAAAAGCUUGUUUGUAUGUUAUGCCCCCUCAAACGAUAUAGCUUGAUUCACCACGAAAGUCGAGGUUAAAGGGGGAUCCUCCGGUUUCCGUUGGCCAUAUCUGUGAAAUAUGUUUUCUCGGGGCGAUUGAAGAACUCGUUGAGACCGAAGAGAAACUUACCCCUAAUAAAUGCUUCCGCGUUCACGCCAAACGAUCAUCGCCCGGCGGCAGUAUGUACAGCGUUUCUUACAUUGAAAUGGAGGUUUGGUCUGCUUGUGACAUUUUUGCUCAGAAGUGGUAGCGGUCUUGCAUCAAACUACAUGCACCAGUGUAAUGUUCUUUGAUUUUUUGAAGCCAAAUCCAGUGUUUUCCAGCAUCAUCGUUCGGUAUCUUGGAAGCUAUUUCGCUGUGUAGGGUGUCCCACUCAGUUGCAGGAAUUGUUAACUCGAAGGGUCUCCUAGCGACGAUGUAGUGGUCCCCAGUUUCGGUGAGUCUACUUUUAGCGGGGUUUCUGUAGCCUUCGAGUAAAUAUUAAUCAUGAAAUCUGGUCUCCCAGUAACGGUUAUGGUCACAGUUUGGUUGCACGGCUUGUACAUCGAGGAUAGACUUUUCGUGCUUCGGCAUGGUGCAAUUGUGAAAUGUUGAUGAAGAUUUGAGAUGUAGCCGUGGAAGCUAUUCAGUGGUGCAGUUGUGUCUACGAGAGGCUGGCUCGCUGUAAAAACCGGUCCUGACACCAUGUUAAGCAGUAUACUUUUCAGUAUUACAGUAUUUCUUGUCGAAGAACAAACACACGCGCAGCCAUGAUAAACUCAUUUAUUCACACACGAGCACACGUUGAUACGGGAACUUUAGCAUGUGAUGUAAAUGUGCGCGAGUAACGAAACGGUGACAUGACAUGUUCUCUGAAUCUAAAAAAGCUGGCUUUAACAACAGCGGAAACAGAACAAAAAGGAUAAGACGCAAAGAGCGUAGACACGCUUUAAAAUAUAGGCUUUCAGCCAAAGAAAGGGAGACAAAUGAAACAUUCCUAAAAUAUCUCACAAACUAUCAAAUUUUUGACAGACAAGUCAGCAUGCUAUCAAAGGUCUCAAAUUCAUUUCAAUGCCCGUGACAAACGAAUGUAAAAUUAGGCAACAACUCUUGCAAGAACUUGAACAAUUUGCAUUGCUUUCACUGACAGAACAAAGAACCACAUCCGUUUCAGGUUAAUUCCAACUGGAUACCACCGGUUCAGCCUUCUAUUGCCCUUGAGAGCAAUUAGGAAAAUGUCAAACCACAACUUGCAGAGGUUACUGUAACUAAGCCAAAAAGUAAUUCGUCGCGCAAUGAGGUUGUGGCUUUAAAAGAGUUGAAAAGCCAUUCUGUGUUAAACUUCAAAAAAGUAGACAAAGGUAUAACAGUCAUCACGAAUAACCACAACCUCUCAAAGCACCGAUAGUGAAAAACAUGCAGAAAAGGGUUAAUGAGAUCAUUGAAAAAAUGCGUCAGGGCAAACAAAUUGAUGACAUGACCAAGAGAUGGCUUUCACAAACUCCCAAUCCGCCUAGUAUACCAAUAUUCUAUAAGCUCACGAAAAUACACGUACCGGUCGGUAGAUCUAUAAUCUAUAAUCUCAGGUUGCCACGGCCCUACCGAGAGAAUACCCUCUUUCGUGGAGACACUGUCCCAGCUUAUGUUGCAAUUGCAACAAUCCUAUACGAAGGAUGUCACUGCUUUUUAUCAUUUUCAUAGAAAAGACAAAGGUAGGCAGAGAUACUAUUCUAGUAUCAAUGAACGUUUCUAGCUUGUACACAAAUAUACCUCAAGAAGAAGGAACGAAGCAUACGAAAAGUUCAACAACCAUAAAGCACCGAUCCCAACGCACUACCUCAGGGAAAUGCUUGGCUUAAUCUUUCAAGAAAAUUUGUUUCAAUUCAAUGGGGAGAACUUCUCCCAAACGAAAAUGGGCAGUGUCAUUUGCCAGUAUUUCCAUGGCGGAAAUUGAAAUGAAAUUAAUGCAAUAAAGCGAAACCAGGCCAAGAGAAUGGAAACCUUACGUUGAUGACACCCUUAGGGAUUAAAACAGAGAAGAAAUACAUGAUUCAUUAAACGAGCUAACUUUUUCCAUCCUACUAUCAAAUUCACGGCAGAAAUAGCAGAGAACCAAAUCUCAUUCCACGAUACCACAGUGUUUAGAGGAGAGAUUCGCAAAAAUCCAACUUGGACAUCAAAACCCAUUACAAGGCGACCGAGACCUUCCAAUCUACGCACCUCGCUUCGUGCCACCCAUCAGGCGUUAAACAUGGUUUCAUUAAAGGCGAAGCAAUCAGAUUGCUUAGAACAAACUCUCCGAAAGAAAUAUUAGAGGAGGGCCUUCUAAAAUUCAAACAACGCUUCAAAACAGGAGGGUACCUAGAAAAUAUCAUAGAAAGGUCUCUGUCAGGGGUCAACUUUGCCUCUAGGCAAUUGGCUCUUACACAUACACAAAAGCCAAAAGGUCACAACGUACACUCGGCAGUUAAAAAUUUAAAACAAAUAUCGAUGGAACAUCGGAGUCAGCCCUUGCUGAUAGCAAUCUUUACAAAACCUCCGAUCAUCUCUUACACAAAGAGAAAGUCACGCUUGUGAGAGGAAAAUUUUAAUUUGAAGGUUACAAUGCAACGCGACCACAAAAGCCACAUGGAAAGUCCAUGCCAAUCUGUUCUCACCUUUAUUCUCGGGCUUAGAAAACCUCGAGUGACAUGAUUUGGGCGCUACUUAGUAAUGAGAAAAUGUUAAAAAAAAGUAGGCGUUACAGAUAAAUUAAAAUCUGGGAUAUCGGUUGGUAUGGCUUCAUUUCUCAGGGCAGGGAAAUUUUUUAGUUAUCUAUGGGUUUACAGGGACAAUAGUCGAUAGGCUUUUGACCAAUAAGAGCGUACGUAUGUAUGUAACAGACUGAUUAAUGAGCCCAGGAUUAAUUCCAGGAGGACCUGGGGAUGGAAUUAACAAACACAAUUCGAAAAAGAUGAAAAUACGAGAAAAAAAAGGAACAGAAAAUGAAAAGAGUAACUUGAAGAGAAGUAAAGCUUGCUUCAUUUUUUCCUUCACUAUUCUUAGCGCUGCAUGUAUAUUGACCAGCGUGUUCAUAAGUCACUUGUUUAACGGUGAGCUUGUUCGUGGUAUCAGGUAGCUUUCCAUCUCUCGUCCAAUUCACCUCACAAGACAGUUCACUUGAAGGAUUGAAUUAAAUUUGACAGACUUCUCUCGCCGAGAAUGUAUUUCAGGAGGACCUUUUUAAUUUUGAACAGGAAAUAAUGAUUUAUUUAAAACUUGAUCCCCAUCCCCUCCCCCUCUACUUCUUUUUAACCUUCGUUCAGAAACUUGGUGCAACUCUCUUUCUCUCCCCAGCUCUCCCCUGCUGUAGAAAUCAAAGUUUGUAGCCAUGAUUUUCACCUAGGAAAAAUACUUAGCACCGGCUCGCGAAAAUCACACCUGUUUUACAUGAAACUAUAAUGAUCUUUCUUUUCCUGCUAAAGAAAAAUUGCCUUUCUUUUUUGUGACAAAAUGUAUAUCUAGCGUCUAAUCGGUUAUAAUGAAACUCCUGCAGAAAAAAUUAAAUGUUUUUAAUUGAGUGCGAGCCAUGUUUUUUUUUUUUUUUACAAAGAAAAGGGGGGGUAAGUUUCCAAAAUCUCGAGGUCUUAUCAACUAAGUCGAAAAUGUAAAAUAGCUACCAUAAAGAUUUUCUAAGCUAACGUUUCGACCGUUAACGCCUCGUCAGAGCUACCACUCGAAACGUCAACUUUGAUAAUUUUUACGGUGGCCGAUCAAAAUUACCAACUCUGUUAGUAAAACCAAAGUCUAUUAAACAAAGAGUUUGACGUUUAAUAAAAGGACAGUUGAAGGAUAUCUGUGCAGCAUUUUCUACCAAAAAAUGAAUCCUUUACUUUCUCCUCAUACAUAAAAACACUUACAUAUACAAGGCCGUGAUUCCUGAGUUCUUGAGCAGUUAAAUUCUAGAAGUAAGGUUAUCCAGAUAAUCUUUUAAAAGUAAUAAACGGUUGGAGAUUAAGUCAUCUUAUUUCUGUUAAAGAAAACAUCGCUUGAAAAUAGCUGCUGAAGGUCGCUGCUUAAUUAUCAUGGCAAUAAAGCGGGUAAGUUUCUAAAGAAACUGGUUCUGCGUCGGUGGGAGAGUAUAGCAGUUAAUUUAGUGUUAAUAACUGAGUUGAAAACGUAAAUUAAAGUAAAUGUGAGGAAAGACCGUUGACUGUCAUAUGCUGUUUAGAAUGAUUAGGGAUUAUGAUUAUGGCAGUCUGUGGCCUUUCCUUACAUGUGGGCGGUUCGGAAAGCCGCAAAACACUAGAACAAAAAUUUAUCUUCCAAAUCGGCACCCUUAAUCCCCACGGAAUCAACGAGCGCUUUUAAUUCAACUAGUUUACUUCUGUUUUCUCGUCACCAUAUUCCCACCAAUGGCGUAGCUCCACUUUCUGCAUAUAAACCCACACACAACCCACAAUUCCUGCAAUCGCUCUGACGAAGGGCUAACGCUCGAAACGUCAGCUUUUUUACCCUUUACGAUGGCUAAUUUACUUUUCCAACUCAGUUUUUAACACUAAAUUACCUGCUAUCAUUGCAAUAUAUACAUAAGAAUUUAUCCAUUUGAAUAAAAGCUUAUAAAUGCUGUAUAGCUUUUUGAAGUUGUAAAACAAUGGCGAAAACCAGCCAUUGCACUUUUGAGUCACAGAUUAUCAAAAACUCCCUCUUGUCACUUACCGACUCUUUGCCGGUACUGGUUGCAUUCUUUGCAGACACUCCAAGAUGACCACGCCAUACAACCUUUGAAAAUAUUAAGUUUUGCGCAAAGAAUCAUAUGUUAUAUUAUCACUCUACCUAUGCUAUUUACUUCCUUUGCUGCAUUAAUCUGCUGCUUGUCACAAAGGAUACCAAAAUACAUAACUAUUAGAGUCGAUAUUCCCAGUUUCUAAUUUCCAAGGAGACUUCCAACAUCUUCAUGUUAAAAAAGAUUGAUGGCUUGAAGCUUUUAAUCACCCAAAUUACAGCUCCCUAUUUAUAAGCCUCAUUCGUGUUCUCUCAACAUCUGUCACGGAUUUAUUAUUUAUAAAGACAAGGAAAAUGACACUGUUUUGUAUUGCUCAAAUGGAUGACUGUGCAAAAAUUUUAAAAGAAAUAAACUAGGAUUUUAACGUUGUCAAUUUUUGAUUUUCAACUUCACUGUAAAAGUUUUACCAGUCGAAGACCGAGGCCUGAAACGUUGAAAUUCACUUCAUUUCUAUGCAACUUCAAAUUCACUUCAUCUCUAUGCAACAUCUUUGUCCAUAAAUCGAAUGAUACUCAGAGAAGAGUACCCUGUCCGAAUCCCUCUAUUAAGAUCCAUUCGUUUGUUCAACCAUCUUUAUCGACCCUUUAUCCUGCCUACUGAUAAAUGAUAGUUCAAGCAUGGCUACUUACAAUCUGUUAUAUCAGUUCGGAUGAGGAUGUUAGGUGAACAUGAAAAGAAAGAUUCACAUUCGGUGAGUUAAUAAGUGGCUUAAUAUAGCCCUGGGAUACUUGACUACACACAUCAUUAGCUUAACAAACAAACUGAACUCGUCGCACUCACCCGCUUAUGAAUCCGGGAAGAACGUCGUGAAAGAGAAAAACAAUUUUGAAAAGAUGUUAAUCCAUUAUCUAUUCAUUUGUUUAUUUGAACCAACCAGUUUGUUUAAUUUGGUAUGCCAAUAUUUUAGAAUUUGUUAAAUCAAACAAACAAUCAGCCAAAUAUGACUGAUAUCUGAUGAUAAUUAUACAAAUAUCGUUUAUUACAGAACUUGGGUACUGAUUUUAUACUAAUAUUUUUCACAUCAGUAAAAUCGUUUGGAUAGUAACAUUGUAACAUUAACAGUUAUCACUAACUGUCAUUGAUAAACACGCAGAUAAUUCUUUACUAUUUACGAUUGCAAUUUGCCGAUCAGUAAUCAGCCGGUGCAGAGAGUCAAUAGUGUAUAUUAAGCCACAGGAGAGUUCUUUAUUUAUAGGAACAAAUGAUAUUGAUAGUUACCUUCCCUUUUGGCUAGACAGAAAAGAUGAGAUAAGAAAGGAGGAGCAGUUAAUGAUCUAAAUAACAUAGCUUAGGUUAUGAAAUAACAAUUCAUCGUAAAACUCUACCCCCCCCCUUUUUUUUUUUUAGGAAAGGAAUUAGGUUCCAGUACUUUCUCAACACAUGGACAGCGAACAUUAGCGCCUAAAUUUAUAUUUCCCAGGAAAGGAUGUGACGUUGGAAAAAGAUUCUUCAGAAACUUAAGAGAAAAUUAUCAAGGAUGGGUUGCAUUUCUAAAUUUCUGUUUAACCUCGUUCACGCCGGUUUCGCGUUAAGGGUUUGACUGAUUUUAUGCGUGGUAUGACCAGCCCUUGAAUUACUUGUGUUAAACUUUGUUUUAUUUCUGUUCUGCGUUUGUCAGGCCUUAUAAUGAUCCUAUGGUAGACACCGUGAACUUUUUUGUUUGCGGUCUUGGACGAGAUUCAGUCGCUAUUAGGAGGUAGAGAAAGUUAGCAUUGCUGAACCGAAUGUUCCUCAUCAGCUGCCACUAGCAGAUCACAGGAUGAGGGGCCAGUUAUGGAAGUCUUUACUAAUAACUAUAAUAUAAUUUACGGUAAGCACGAGUUGAGCUCAAAAUUCUAAAUAAAGCAUAAAAGUAAACUUAAAACACAUUGAUGGAUGUCAGCGUAAAUUUCAUCAGUUGAAACUUUAUUAUUGUAAGCGAAAGCGAUUUUCAAUGGAGUUUUCAGAAGUAAUCCUUGGUAACAUCGGAGUUUUACUACGCCUCGUCCUGCACUACAGCUUCUCAGCAAAUUUGAUUUUACAUGAUCCUGGAUGCCAAAUGUUUGCUUUGAAUAUUAGAUUCUUGAAACUCCAAUGAUUUUUCGUUGUUCUGAUUCGCUGUGGCUUUGUUUUUACAACACUUAAUCGACAUGCACUCCGAAAAGAGUAAGCAAUUCAUACGCGGUCCGGUUGUAAAUGAGAUCUUAAGUACUAAAGGAAAGUUUAAUUGUCUUGAGAAUGAUUAUUAAGAAUAAGCAUUGCGCGAGAUAAACUAAAUUCAACUUACCAGCUAAGUGAUCGCAGAAGUGGCAUGUAAAUAAAAGUUAUAAAAAAAAUAUAAUUAAAACGUGCAUCUGUUGCUCAAAACAUUCAGUUGAUUAUUGAGAAAUGCUAUGCACUUUUUCUUUCGUUUAUCACCUGUACUUUAGUUAAAUAUGUUAACGUAAACGUACUGUAAAGGUGCCAUGCAAAUAGAUAUGCUUUAAAUCACAACGGAACAUGUACUUACGUCCUGAUCGUUUUUCACAAUUUCCAAGGCCAAGGAAUGAUGGAAAAAAAUACAUCGAGAACAGAAAAAUAAAUAAAAUGAAAUCAUUUAACUACCAAGAGCGUUGAUAUUCAUUAAUCAGUCGGCUAAGACCUCUGCUCAACAAAUAGUUCUGAUAAGAAAGUAUUUUCAUGACUAUGACUUUAAUUCUCAUAAUUAGUUUUAAGUAACUAACACCUCAAUUUCACAGUCUACCACAGAUAACAUUAAAUCUUUUCGUAAACUGAGCCAUUGAAUCAAAAUUGGAUCCUUAUCUACUUAUGGUUCACAUUGAAUAAAUAUUCCCACAAGAGCCUAAUUCAAAACGACCUGAACAAGUUUCCAACCAUAACUUAGGAAGCAAGGCGAAUAUCAGAAUGCUAUGUUUAUUGAUGAUCAUAAUUUCUCAUCCAUAAUCAUAUUAAUAAAACGAAACUUGUAGCUUUCAUUAUUACAAAAGUAAGCGGCAGUGACACAAAUAUGUUACAUCACUGUUACUGCAGUAGUCAAAAGACAUGUGAAAUCCGCCAAAUAACUAUAAAAAGAAAACGUACUUACGAUCUGUUUGCCCGUUAAGGUAGGAAAUAAGAAAAAGAGAUAUGUUAGUUGGUGAUGCACAUUUGUUAUUGCCUACAUUGUUCUUAAGUUCGGUAUCGUUAAGUAAAAGUGUCUUGUUGAUGGAACAGUCAGUAGUAUGACUAAGCAUCCUAUUACACUUGCCACAACUGUUGGGUAUUUCAAAUGGUUACCAUAUUGGCAGUCAAUGGGGAAGUCUGACCGGUUAAAAGUCUUUAACAUGCUCUCAGCCACCAAUAGUAAAAAGGACAUUUUGCCAAAGUAUAACUCUUGGCCGCAAUCAAAAAUAUUGGUUGGGGCGAAAACUAUACCGGUUCAUUGUAAGUAAAGCUUUUUCUUUCACAAAUUUACUCUUUCGCAAAAAUGAUGAUAAUUCUUAAGAGAGUCUAACACAUGAUGACUGUCGAAAAAUACCUGGUUUGCAAGAAAUGUGAAAAUGAAUGAGGAAAAGUAAAGAAAAAGCUACUUACGACUUGUUCUGCGAAUUUGACCUUGGUGAACCCGAUGGAAAAGAAGAGAAAAUGAAUCAACUGAAAUUCACGAUCAGUUUAAAGCCGUUGUGAGAUACUGUGUACUAAUUGACUGUGUGGGAGGGCCGGAUGGGAAGGUAUUUGGCUCGAGGUCAAGACGUACGGACCGAGCACAACACAGAGGUCCGAGUGCCAUGACCGAAAGCCAAAUAUUUCCCAUCUAGCCCGACCUAACUCAGCCAUUACGCAUUUUACCGUAUGACUUUUUGGUGUUGGACAUUUCGAUUUUUUUUCUUAAAUACUACGCUAUAGACCGGCGCGCACGGAAUAACCACAAAAACGAUUCUACAAUUAAUACUUUUCUUUCCUGUUUUCGAGUUAGAACAGGAAACUCACAUUUCAUCGAAAAACGUGUCAUUUGUUUCCAAUUGUACUCUCUGCUGUCACUCAUUUUUGGCCACAAAAGCGAACAAUGUUUUUCAUUUUAAUAUUUUCUGCCCAAGUGCACUAGGGCCGGGCAGCUUUUUCCGGACCGGGAGCCCGUUUCUCGGGGUUGUGGUAACUUAACGGGCCCGUAAAGCUGUUCUGCUUUCCUUCAAGAUGGUUUCAAAAGCUUAAAAAUUCUACAAUAAACGAUAAAAUAAAUAACAAAAGAAAGAUGUCAAUUUUGAGCGAAGAGACGCUUCUUGAAAGUGGGAAGUUAUUUAAGAAAAAUUUCCAAAGCCGAAGUUUGGACACAUGUGCUGCGAGCUCGACUCAAUGUCCGAACUUUCGGGGUUUGUUUACAUCAAAAGUCACGUGAUACUACACGUGAAAUCUAAAGCCCAAAGGUGAAUUGUCCAGAAAUCAGGAUUUUACAGAGGAAAAAGCAACAGAAAUAAAUCGUUAGCUGAAUUUAAGUGUUUCAUACAAAAUAGUAAUACUUAGGCAACAAAUUGAUACUUUUAGAUACUUGAUAUGGUGAAAGAAAACAAAAUUCUUUAAAUUAUAGAAUUUUGUUUUCUUUCACCGUAAUGUAUGACCUAGUUUAUGAGUUGCUUAGAGAUUCAACGUACUGAAAGGCCAAUGAUCGCAAAGGAAAAAGGCAAAUACCACUACAAAAUGAAACUUUCCUACGUGAGUGAUUUUCUACUUUUCUAACUAAAAGAUUGAACAUGCUGUGCAUAGGUUGUUUAACUCACCCUGAAGUGCUCUAAGCAAAGAUAUACUAAGCAAAAUAUAAAUUCUAGAUAAGGUGAACUGUUAUUGGAUUUUCACAUACUAAGCGAUCAUCAGACUGUGAAAUUUUCUGCGCGAGCAGAAUCUAACACUCAAGUUUCAAAUUAAAAAAUUCAGUAACGGUUCGAACUGCGCUUUCUUUUACUGAUCACGAGAAGAAACUAUGCGUCUUAAGCACCCGAAAUUUAAACUCACUAAAAAGAGGAAGAUCUGAACUGGUCAGAAAAUGUCGCACAAAUUUUUUCGCGAAAAUUAGAGAGACAGUAAACUAACCAGAACACGAAUUACAAUUCGUCAAUGAAACUCAAUUAGCAGUUACGAAAAGGCAGAGAGCAAAUUCGGCACUACAUUUUACUUUUUAAUUACAUCGAAUAUCAAUAUAGAUGUUCAACUUGCCUCAAGCAAUUACAAUCCUAUAGAAAACAUUACCUUAACUAAUAGCUAUUUAGAAGGAAUGAAAAUGUUACUUUCUGUCUAAUUUCCCAAAUUGGGGUCAAUGUGCAAGAUUUAAAGGAAAAUGAAGGAAGAAAGAAAAGGAAGUAAGUACACUAGAGUACAAAUGCAAUUUGAUAAAUACCUAUAAUCAUUAAAUACAACCCCCAAAAAAGGAAAUUUUAAUCUUCAGAUUGCAUGAUAGCAAUCAAAACGUAUGCUUUUUAGCAUAAUUUUUAAACUGAGUCUGUGCUAUUCUGAGAGCAACAAAGUAAACACAACUUGAAUUUUUUCUGAAUGUAAUGAAUUGUAAAAACCUUGAAAUAUUUACUCUUUUCUAAAUACAAUUACUCGACUCGACUUGUUUGUAGCAAUGUUGUGUAGUCAGUAACAUUUAUUUAAACUGAUAACUAUUAAGCAACGAAAACAUCACUUUCUUUUUGUUUUGUCAAAUGAGGGAUGGUGCACCAGAUUAAAACGAAAAUGAAUUAAAAAAAAAUAUUAAAGAAAGUAAAAGGACUUAAGUAUGUAUCAACCACAAACUACAAGUAGUCAAAGAAACUCAAUUAUCAAUCACGAACAAGCAGGCAAAUCUCGUGCCUCAUUCACAUGUUGAGCAGUGUCAAUCUAGAUAUUCCACUUGAAACCGUUAUCUUUACCGAUGACAAGAGAAAAUUAUCAGACAAGGAAAACGUUACUCCGGAUUAAAAGGAAAAAGAAGAAAACUAAUUAAGAAAGUUAACACUCUAAAGCAAAAACUACAAUUAGUUUAUAACAAAGAAUUCUCAAAUGCAACACGAAGAAGAUAUAUCUCACUAUUUAUGUGUUUUGUAUCGCAAAGUGCUCAAUAAUUAUGGAGACGUGGUAGCCUCAAUCAAAUAAAAAGGAAAAAGGCUAAAAUCAGCUCGAAAAAUGCACUCCCAAAGAGUCUUUAUCACAGUAACAGAAUGCGAUGGAUUUUAAUCAACUACAAACUACUAGUAAUCAAUGAAACUCAGUUAUCAGUUACGAACAGGAAGGCAAAUCUCGUGCCUCAUUUCACUUGUUGAGCGAUGUCAAUCUAGAUAUUCCAAUUGUUUCGAGCAAGUUAAAUGUAAUAGAAACCAUGAACACCGAUUUACUUAGACAUUAACCAUUAUCUUUACUAAUGAAAAGAGAAAAUUAUUACACAACGAAAACGUUACCUACGCGCUGAUUUGACAAGUGAGGGUCAAUGCACCAGAUUAAAAAGAAAAUGAAGAAAACCAAUUAAGAAAGUUAACACUCUAAAGCAAAAACUACAAUUAGUUUAUAACAUAGAAUUAUCAAAUGUAACACGAAGAAGAUAUAUCUCACUAUUAAUGUGUUUUGUAUCACAACGUGCACGAAAAUAAUUGGGAAGCCUCAAUCAAAUAGAAAGGAAAAAGAAACAAAAGAUGGAAACCAAAAAAAAAGCAAAACCACGACUAAAUUUAAUUAAUAAAACCCAGAUAUCCAUCAAAAACAGGCAAUUUAAUUUCGUUCCUUUGAAGCGAGGUGUAUUAGCUUGUAAUAGUACCACAAGGGAAGUAUUCUUUCUUAUAUCAUUGUACUGCCCAGGGCUCACUGAACUCUGCCAUUUUCCUUCCAAAAUACAUAUCUUGCAAGAGACCAUCCUGCACCGAUCCUGCGGUGACUGUUAAUGCAGUUAUAAAAUGGCUCCAAACUAAGCACAAGUAUGCGUUUCGAGAUCUAUGGAACUGUUGACAAACUCUUCAAUUGAGGUAGCUGUACAAACAGCUUUACAGAAACUGGAGAACGACCCUAGCCCACCCAACUUCAUGGCACUAGUACCAGGUCAGAUCGCGGACCUCUUGAGCCUGGAGAUCUAAAUACUUUCACUAUAGCAGAUCAUUUCACAAACAGACAGUCGCAGUGACAACAUCGAGAGGACAAAAAAAAGAAUAGUUUUUCGUCUAAACGGUGCUUUCACUCCGAUGACAAACCGUGACCUUUCUUUCGUCUUAAGAUGCCGCUCCCUUGAAAAUACAUGGAGGAUUAGGGGUAGGGAGGAAAUCCAUAUGACCCAAAUCAAGUUCUGGCUUUUUCAUUACAAAAUGACAACAGCAGUUUACCAAAUUUUAAGAACCUUGCUACUUAGAGAAGGCAAACCGAUCAUCUCAGUGAUAGAGUGGGCCAAUGCAUCAAGACUGGGGUUGCGUUACAAUGAUAGAACACGAUCUGAUCGACAAGAAACACAAAAGCGAAAAGUAUCGGAAACUCUCGACUUUUUCCUUAGGAAGUAACAAGGCUAUAACAAGCCGUGGUUGAUAAACAUGAAACUUUUUUGGAUUUUCCUCGAAUAUUUGGAUCAAAAAAAAAAAAAGAAGAAAAGGUAGGGGGUGCUAAAUCGUUUGCGAGUCAUUGUGCUCUAAUAGAAAGAUAUGAAAUGGUUCCUCAGAAAGAGCUUUUAUCUCACGAGAAUCACCUGCAUUUUAAUUUCCUGCUUAUUGUUGGAAUACAGGAACACAAAAACUCGUCGGCAUAGCGUUAAUGGACGGAUUAAAUCGACAACUACGUAUUACGUGUUAAGAGCGGUAUUCUUAAAACAUAACCCCCGGACUGACUAGCUAAAGACCGGACCUCAGUAAAUUCGACUUUUAAUUUAUGGCGACACUAUGUCAAAAGUGAAGAAAAGAACAUUGGAACUUACUUCCUGAUGUGUCCAUCAUAUUCAUGGUUGUACAGGAAUGAGAAAAGAAAGAAGUACAAGAAAGAAAACAAAAAAGAAUGAAUAAAUAAACAAAACAACAACAGCAAAAAAACUAAGGCAGAAAUAAUUCCUUCUAAUAUGUAUUCAAAUUACGAGGAAAAGGGAGAAUAAAAUCGCCUUGGAUGCUUAGACUGUGCCACCCACUUCGAGAAAAAAAUAUAGAAAAAUGACGAAUAUCAAGUUUUGCCAACUUCGCAUACACAAAAAUGAAAAACAACACUUUGGCAUUUAACCCAACCCAUUGGAUUCAUCACGAAGGGCUCAACGUAAUUUUAUUGCUGAAAAGGCUAAAAUGCAUCGGAAUCAGUCAAACUGAUGUUGAGCAUUGACUAGAAUAAGGAAUUAUUUAUUAUUAAAAAGAUAAACUGAAUCAAUUCUAUAUCCCAAACCCGUCCUACUCCCAGACCAUGCGUGGAGUCAAAUUGUGCUGCUUACAAGAGAACGCUCGUGGUCAAGUAGUGAGCAAGACGUAUUAGAUGGAGAGACUCAAAAGUAAUGGAAAAAGAGAAAUACCUUAUCUACUUACGUUCUAUAGUCCAACGCAGAUUCCAUAGGAGAAAAAAGAUGAAAAGAAAUAUUUUGGCGAAGUUAGUUUCUGCCUAAAAAUACUCUUUAUUUUAUUGCUUGCUUAAUAUUUUCGCCUGAUUCGGAACCACAACACUAAGAAAGACACUAAUAAAUAUAUGCAAUGAGGUGCACAAGCAGAUCGUAAAUUGUUACUGUCGCUAGAGAAAACGAAUCCAUAACUCAACCGUUACCAAAAAGCCAAAAUAAAAAAAAAAUGUGGUCAUUUGAUUAAUUUUUGCCCGCCAAAAAAUUUUCUGCUGCCAAGGGGCACUUUUUGGUCUGAUCAUUGUGUAAAUUGAAACAAUUUCAAUAUUUUAUGACAUGUUGAAUACACUUACAACCAUCAAGAGAAAGUUAUCAUUAUCGAGUAGUCCUUAAAGAUAAUCUAAAACGUGUUUAUCAACAUGGUAAGCAUUCAGACGAGCUGUAGGAAGAAGUAUUUUCCAAGGAGACUAAUCAAUGUGAAGGAGGUACUAAAAAAUACCAAAUGAACGAGAUAAACUAGGUGAAGGACUCCACUAGGCAAAUAACUUUGAUAAAAUUGACCUUAAAGUGCCCGUGACACGAUUUUUUUUUGUAUUUUCUGGUUAAAAGCUAUUUAAAAUAAUUAGCGCCUAGCGAGUACUAUUUGGCGGCUCAAAAGUGUCUCCAUUAAGCGCGUGGCCAAAACGUUUAUGUUACAUAUCAUAGCCGUGACGUAGAAAACUGUGGAAACACGUCGGCAACUAUGGUGGAGAAAGGAGAAAUCAAGAAGAAAGGGCAAACGUACUGCGCGGCAAGAACAAUACACAUACUAUACACUACUUUCCAAAGGAUGUAGCUGUAUGACCAAAAUAGACGCGUUUCGAUCUUCGAUCGCCGAUCGGCCUUAUCCUUCGUACCGGCUUCGAAGACAGCUGUUACGACACAUAUCACUGAUCAAAUCACAGGAAGAUAACAAGUGAAUUCAGCUAAAGAGAAUGCUGAUUAAGGGGCCUGUUCCCACACCGUAAACGAUUCUUCAACAUUCUUUUCGGCUGACAUUUCGCAAGCGAAGAACGGUGAGCUCCUUAAUGUUUUUUUUUACUUCACGCGCUUAAGAUGUACCUAUACUCCUUGUCUUUCCUCAUGACUACAUUUGCGCUUUCAUUAUCAUAUGAAAACCCUACCAAUUGUAGUUUCCAUCGUAUUUUAAUAACAGAAAUACAACAUUUGUAAUAAAGGUCAAGCUCUUUCCUGAGCUAACCGAUAUUCUGUUGCCUGAACGGUGCGAAAGCUCUGGCAAAUACUGACAUAAACACAAGCUCGAAGGGGCCGUGUGUUCUUCUAACCUAGGUUCCCAAAAAUCUAUUCCACGAGCCAUCAAUUCCCCCCUGCCCUCAAAAAAGAAAAUUCGCAACAGUAGCGAUUUCAUUGGGACAAAAGCACUGGAACAAGAUAAAUUAAGAAACACAAAUAUUAUUGAAUUAAAUGGUAGCGAAUCCCAGUGCUGUGUGAAAGUCGAUGCAUACGAAAUUUACAACUUAUACUGAUGUCAAUUAUUUGCCAUUGAGAGAAAUGGGUCAUAUGGCAAUGCUGCAGUUAAACUAUAGAAGAUUUCUUCAUUGAAAUCCCUUUUUGAGAUGAACUUGAAUCAGAUGACUCUAAACGCAUUUUUUUUUUUCAUUUGACCGGCCCGACAACGAUCGCCUCUGCCUUUGCAGUGUCUGAGGAAAGGAGUAACUUGCUGUGAAACUGCCCGGUGACCUCACGGCGAAAAAUGAUCGUGCUUCGCGAUACAGCUGAUUCUUCCGUCAAAAGUUAGCUUUUGGUUAGCUAAGGGAAUCAUUCUACGGGAACGAAACUCUAUAGCACCGACCAAGGGGAACCUUCGCCGCACUUAGUGCGAAGAAAUAAAAUUUAGGGUAACAGGAACGAACAAUGCUAGCCAUUCUUUCCAUAGAUUUCACCGUAAGAAACAGAACACAAAAGCAACAAACUAAACAUUCAAUAAUGAGAUUUUUUUGUUCUAAUUUUGACUUAAACAUCGCAGGCGAGAAACUGUCUUUGUCAGUCUUCGUCGAAAUCCUCGUUUGAUGCACGCGGUUCUCCUUCGUAGGGCUGAACCGUAGUCGCAACUUCCAUUUCUUCUUUAUUACUUGAGUGCGAUGUAUCACAACUCUCGGUAGAGCUCGCUGAAGGUAGGUAGACAUCGCUAUCAGACAUUAUUGCAAGAGCAUUUCAACGCUGACCGAUACAAAAUUACCAGAGAUGUGAGAGAUUUGUACGUGUCAACUGAGAGUUUUCACGGUUUUCUACGUCAUCAUUCGCGAAUUCGUUACCAGCCCACGGGAGUUUUAAGUUUUCCGAAACUUCUCUUCUAAUCGGAAUUGGUUUGUACAGAUGAUGAGCUUAAUAUUUUCCCAAAACAAUUUUGUGUCAUAGGCACUUUAAGGAUAAUCUAAAUACUCUUAGCGUCCCAUUAAGUGUCUACGAAGUUUUAAGGAAUUACAGUGCUCGCAUUAAAAAUUGUUUUAUUCCCUGAUGUCCAGAGGGUCCAAAGUGUAUCUAGAAUAAUCAUUCAUCAUAUCAUAGUACGCGCCAUGCCUGUAAUUGGAUGGUCUAAUAGGACAGUGGAUACGUCGUGCCUGUGUAAGUGGACAGUCAGCGAUGUUGUCGCGCACUUCGCCGAGUUAAUUGUUGUUUUUUCAAUGAAAACGUACAACUGAUGUCUAUUUUCCUUCUCAAAUUUUUUCAUAGUUCUGACCAACUGAAAACAGUAAUUCAAGUCGUCCAAUUUUAUCUGUAAUCAAACUCGUCAUUAACAAAUCUGACUCCCGCUGUGCGGUCUUCCGAUUUCGAUCAUCACUCGUAUGGUUACAGACCAAAUUGGACCCUACUCAGUCCUAUUACCAUUAUUUAUUGCACAUGUAUAAAUUGCAUAAGGCAAGUUAAAAAUGUGUGGAAGGUAUGUGGAAGAGUUAUCACUUCCACACAGCAGAGUAACUUCACAUGUUUUUCAAGUAGUUCUUGAACCCUUGAUGUGAAAUACCUGCACUCACACUUGUUCCUUACAUUCUUGACAGAGAUUUGUAAAUGAACCGACCCCACUACGGAGCGCCUGAGUAAAAAGUGUUAUCGAUAAAAGUUCGUUUUGAUAAUGAACGUUAAACCACUUACCAACUUGAUAUGUCCAGUAAGAUUGAGGGAGAAAAAGGAAAUAAAAGAAGCAGAAUUAGUGUUUUAAGAUUACAGCUUACUUCAAAGCAUUUUCGGCAUGUGCGUACGUUAGAAUGUCUGUGAUACGCGUAAAUAAAUAAAAUGUUGGGUACUUACAGCCUGGAGAUUAAUUUCAUUUUGGAAAAUAGAGAGAAAUAAUGAUAAAAGAAAAUAUUGUUAGUAUUGAAUGCAAAAGCUUAUAAGCUAAUAUACUUUUUCUAACUACAGCUUUAUCUAAAUUUCAACGUAUGAAAGGUCCUUGUGCACCAUUUAGAACGAUACGGUCUAUUCUUAGAGUUACCACAUUUCCCGCAUUUCAGAAGUUCGCUAUGUUGCUUUAAUAAAGCUGCCAAUAGUUUCAUCGAUUGGGAAAAUGCUAUAAUAAUUCAUUAAUGAUGCAAAUUUGAGUGAUAAGAACUAUUUGUAGGUAUUACUUCUCUAUUAUUAAUCAUAACAUAGCUCAGUGACUUAUCAGUGAAACAUUGCAUAGUGAUGUACUAAAACCUUUAUUUAAAGACUUCAUUGCAAAGAAUUCCUUGAUAUGUUCCGCAACUUUAAUUUCUUUUUCUUAACUAAAUAUAACAUCACGAGUGAAAAACGGUACAGAAAGUCAAUGAAAUUCAAGUUCAAUAAAGAGGUUCUUUCACACUGAUAAGUUUGUUGUCCAGCGUAAGGUUCUUCAAUUCAAGUAAUUAAAAUGUAUGUAUCCAAGUUGAACUCUACGCAAAUACUAACCAAAUGCCUAUUUUAGAUAAGAUUGAAUUCGAGCUGAACAGCAAGAUCAACGUGUGGAUAAACGUACGUAACACAAUAAAUAGAUACUUACAAGCUGUUGAGCAUCACAUGACCGGAAAUGAAAAAAAAAGAUACAAAAGUAAAUUAAUGCUCUCUUGCGUUAUGAUUUUAGCGUGGUACGCUACGAUCUGCUCUAAUUGAAUUAUUAUCAGGUGAUUUUUUCCCCUUUCUUACUACAACAUUACUCAAGAUACGAGCGAGGAAAUCAUUGAACAUGAUUGUCACUGAGGAUGUCCUGAGCUAACCUGGUUUAAUUGGAUCGUUUUAAUGCCAUUUAUUAAUUUAUUCGAUUAUUUCGUUUCAGUUCUUUUUUUGUUUAUUUUGGUUUUUUUUUGAUGAUUUUACAGUGUUUACUCUCAAUUAAUUAUCCCCUUCAUUUGGUACUAAGGUGCAAUACACCUGCUCCUUAAAAGAUCAAAAUUAUGAAAUAAACCGUUGGCUAUUUUCUUAGUUCUAAAGUGAUAAAGGACCUAUAUGUUUGUAUUAAGGGGGGGAAGGGGGAGGGGAAAAGAGGGGAAACAUUUCAGUGGCGAUCUCUGUAGGAGCGAUCUAAAGCAUUUCACAACGGAAAAAAAGUUUUGCCUCAAACUUUGCCCAUUAAAACCUUGAAUUGAACUGAACAGCAAGAUCGACAAAUGGAGAAUUUUUUUGCACAAUUUUGAUCCUCAAAUGAGUUGUCUAAAUAAUCACCAUAUCUGAAUGAGUUAACAGAUCACUUUUCGUGAGGGAACUAGGAAAGCUGCGUUACUGUCUAGUUGGAUUACACUUGGCUGGAUUUAUUUUUGUUUUUGUUUAUUUUUGGAUUUUACUCUGUGGAACCAACUCGUUGAAUAUCUUCUUCCUUUUAUGCAAAUACUAGGGUGUAGUACACUUUACACUGAGAAACAAUGCUUCAAACUUAGUUUAUUAAAAAUAUGUUUAUUAAACAACAAGAUCAGGGAAUGGAUAAACAUACGUAGCACAAUCAAUAAGUAGAUACUCAUCCGCUGUUGAGAAUCAGUUGACAUGAAAGAAAGAAUAAUUUUAGCUUAGUAAUCAUUAACUUAUACCCUCAGAGAAACACCAGCAAAGCUGCGCUCUUUCCAAAUUUUAUUAUUAUAUUAUUUAUUUAUUUAUUUAUUUAUUAUUAUAAGAUAUAUUUUUUCACAGCCUUUACUCUCGAUUGACUCCGUGAAAAACCUCCAUGUCUUAAUGUUGAUGUGGUUGGAAAAAAAGGAACUAACGUACGGUACACAAGUCACAACCUGGUCGAAUGAAGGUUCAUUGACUAUUUACAGCGCCAUUUAAGUUAUAAUUAAUUGAAGAAAUUUCUCCUUAGAAUAAGUAUAAAUGUUACUGCGGUAUGAGUUAGUUUUAUACAAUCCGUUGUGAUAUAAAGAAAAUGAGAAGGAGGAAAUCAUUAAUCCUUAGUUUCUUUGAGGAGGCCACGUUCAACUUCAUGAUAUCUCUUUUCAUUUUGAUGAUUUUACUUUUUAUUUCACGACUUAAAUUCACAGUUCUGUUCUAAUUUUUUUCAUAUGUCUCUAUAACGCUACACAAAAAGUAAAGAUUACCCCCUAUUUCUCUUUUCAACUGUUCUUAGUGUUUUGGGUUCAGGCCUUCGUCAAUUAAGUUCAGUGAAGCUUAGGCAGCAAGAUAAAAACAUACACAUUACGAUAAAUAGGUACUGAAAGACUGAGGAGUUUGCUUUAACCAUCCGUUUUGAUAGGAAGAAAGACAAGAAAGAGGAAACCAUGAACCCUUAGUUUCAUUGAGGAGGCCUGGAUCUGCAGAAAAGGCAAUUUUUCAGCGUUUUUCGUUCAAACGGAGGCAAGCGCGAAGUGAUCGUGAAGUGCGAGUAACGCGAAAGAGGAGGAGUGCAAAAGAAGAAACAACACCUGCACCCCUAUGCACACCAAGAUAGAGAAAUCACGAAAAACAUUUUGAGGAUAUUGAGUAGCUAAGGGUUUUGUCAUUAGCAUUUAAAUACUUUAAAAAAUGUCAGAGUCAUUGGAAAAAAAAAAGGAAUCGGGUUUUAGGGCCCUUUUCCUUUUUUUAAUAACAAAAUGGAACACCCUCGUGUAAAAUGUAGCUUAUUGUUUCUUAUUGUUCUUGUUACUUCCAAGCUAGCUCGAACAAAAUUACUCAGCUGCCCGAAAGUUAUGUGACAAGUGACAAACACAAAGUAAGAUUAAUCUAAUUUUAAUUAGAUAUCAGUUUUAAAAAAAAUGAUAAGUAUUCAAAUUGGAUUUUAUGUAAAUACUAGUCAAAAGCCUAUUUUAAAUGAAAUAGGAUUGAUCUUAAACAACAAGAGCAGGGAAUGGAUAGACAUACGUAGCACAAUAAGUAGAUACUUACCCCCUGUUGAGUAUCAGUUGACAUGAAAGAAAGAAAACAACAAUUGUUUAGUGAAGUGUUGUUAAUAAUUGUAGCUUAAUAAUCAUUAACUUACACCCCCGGGAAAAAGGCCAGGAAAGCUGUGUUCGUUCCAAUUUGGGUUAUUAUCAGGCAAUAUUUUCCACAGCUUUUACUCUCGACUAACUCCGUGAAAAACCUCCUUACCUGAAUGUUGACGUCGUCAUAAAAAAAGUUGUUUUUACCUUCCGUUUUGAUAUAAAGAAAGACAAGAAAGAGGAAACCAUAAACCCUUAGUUUCAUUGAGGAGGCCUGGAUCUGCAGAACAGGCAACUUUUCAGCGUUUUUCAGUCAAACGGAGGCAAGCGCGAAGCGACCGCAAAGUGCGAGUCACGCUCGAGAAGAGGAGUGAAAAAAAAGACACCAAAAAACAGCUGUAGCCCUAUGCACACCAAGAUAGAGAAACCACAAAAGACAUUUUGAGAAUAGUAAAUAGCUAAGGGUAUUAUGAUUAGAAUUUAAGUAGAAUUUAAACAGCUUUUACUCUCGAUUGACUCCGUGAAAACCUCCAUAUCUGAAUGUCGCUGUCGUUACAAAAAGGGAACUGAGGUAUGGUGCACAAUUCACAACCUGGUCGAAUGAAGGUUCAUGUGACUAUUUAAAGACGCUUGUUACUUCCAUUCAAGCUAUGAUUAAAUGAAGCGGAAAACGAUGUAAAUAAUGCUGCGGUAUUUUUUGCAAGAACUGGACGUUUGAUAACAAGAUUGAUAGGAGGCCUUUCAUUUUGUUGUUAUUUAAUUUUUAAACAUAGAUCAACGGCAUAUUACGAACUUAAUAUCAUUACACCGAAGAACAGACCUUUAGACAAAUCCUCCCUUUCAUGAAAAAGAAUAUUUUGUAAUACGUGCAAACUGACCUGAGGUAAUGCUACAGUGAGGAACAGAACGGAAGGGACCACAGGACCACAGGCGGUCCAAGCUCCAGCUGUGAGAUGAUCAUCAUGCGAAAUAAGAGUUAUAACGAAAUUAUAAGAGUUUGAAUGGGAAUAUUUACGAUCGCUCUCAGACCUCUUAGGAAUAAAAAAAAGUAAAUACAGUCAAAUUCUCAAUAAAAAUACCUCACCUUACUUCCACAGUGCAUCGCUUGUUAUCUGACCGCUUACUACGUUAAUAAACCUAGAAAUGGAUAGCUCGCUAAAAUAGGUUCUUCUUAACGUAGUAAGCGGUCAGAUAACAAGUGAUGCGCUGUGCAAGUAAGGUGAGGUAUUUUUAUUGAGAAUUAGACUGCAUUUUUUUUAUUCUUAAGAGUAGUAAAGCCUUUAUACGGGCCCAUGGGGCCGGUGCUUAACUCCGGUUUUCUUAGCAUGAAGCGGCUAGGAGUAUUGCUACUCCCCCCCUGGAUGGGAUGCUUGUCCAUCGCAGGGUUACCCCCAGCACAUUUGCUGGUACCCAUUUGUACACCUGGGUGAAGAGAAGCGCUGUGUCUUGCCUAAGAACACAACACAAUGACCCCGGCCUCGAACCCAGACCACCCGAGGCCACGAGGCCACCGCGCCUCCACAAUUCCUAAGAGUGGUCUUAAAUAUUCCAAUACAAACUCUUAUAAUUUCGCCAUGACUCUUAUUUCGCUAGAUCAUCAUCUCACAGCUGGAGCUUGGGCCACCUGUAGUUAGACCAGAUAUAUCCAAGUCAAACUUUAUGAAAAUGCGAUCUAGAGGUCUUAAUCAAUUUAGUUAAUUAAAGAUUAAACAGGAAGACCAAAAUGUACACAGUACUUUAAAUAGGUACUUACCGCCUGAUGAGUCUGCAUGUUACCAUCCGUUGUGAUGUGAAGAAAGACAAGAAAAAGGAAAUCAUUAGUCCUUAGUUUCACUGAGGAGGCCAGGUUCCGCAGAACAGGUGCAAUUUUUCUGUGUUUUUCAGACAACGGAGGCAAGCACGAAGCGAGCACGUGGUGUGAGUCACGCACGGAAGGAGGAGUAAAGAAAAAAGAAAGGCAAAACCAGCUGUACACUGUACCCUGUACCCUGUGCCCCCUGUGCCCUGUGCCCUGUGCCCUGUGCCCUGUGCCCUGUGCCCUGUGCCCUGUGCCCUGUGCCCUGUGCCCUGUGCCCUGUGCCCUGUGCCCUGUGCCCUGUGCCCUGUGCCCUGUGCCCUGUGCCCUGUGCCCUGUGCCCUGUGCCCUGUGCCCUGUGCCCUGUGCCCUGUGCCCUGUGCCCUGUGCCCUGUGCCCUGUGCCCUGUGCCCUGUGCCCUGUGCCCUGUGCCCUGUGCCCUGUGCCCUGUGCCCUGUGCCCUGUGCCCUGUGCCCUGUGCCCUGUGCCCUGUGCCCUGUGCCCUGUGCCCUGUGCCCUGUGCCCUGUGCCCUGUGCCCUGUGCCCUGUGCCCUGUGCCCUGUGCCCUGUGCCCUGUGCCCUGUGCCCUGUGCCCUGUGCCCUGUGCCCUGUGCCCUGUGCCCUGUGCCCUGUGCCCUGUGCCCUGUGCCCUGUGCCCUGUGCCCUGUACCCUGUACCCUGUACACUGUACCCACACCAAUUGUUCAAGCUAUUUUUCCCCAGAUACCGGCGUAGACUGCAGCAAACAUGGUUUUAUGUCGAGACUACAUUUUCUCCAAAGAAAUGUAUGCUUCUAUGCGAGCGAAACCUAUGAGAAGGUGAUAUAUUUGAACGUAAAUAAAUCUUCACAGUUAUUUUGGUGUUUUCAAAUGCGUAUGCGGGCAAGUUUUGUAAACCUAGUGCGUCCGCUACCUUCGGAGGAUAAAUCUCAUAAAUGACAUUUAUCCCAUCCCAUUGUUUACAGUUGUUGUUGUUGUUUUUUUUUAAGGUCAGUUCUAUUCGUAUUCUCAAUUUACUUCUCUAUGUGCUUGUAAAUACAUCAGCGAUGCAUUUUCUUUGCCUGUCCUUUACAGUUGGCUUGUUCGGAAUUAAACGAACAUAGAACAUGAUAUGCUACGCUUUUAUUGAAAGAUAUUCGAUUGUCACAUCAUAUUCACUAAUCAAUUUGAUGGAAACGGUGGAAAUGUGGGAAGUAUUUUUUUUUUGCGCUCCUCCCUCGCACUCACCAAACGCUUGUCUCCGUUCGCCAAUGAGACGCAAAAAAAUUACGCCGGUUCUUCGACACUUAGAACUGUUCGUGGCAAGCGGAGGAGGCGGAAAGAUCUAAAAGACCUUUGAACGUUUGAAGGUUAAAACUGAACGAUUUUUUUACGGUUGAUGAUUAAACUUUGGGCUGUUUGAUGACUGACAGUUAAACCCAUUGAGACUCUUUAAAGCAGACGCGUUACCUGAAUUAGACCCGAAACUCAUCUUAAGGCAUGUAAUAUAAUUUUAAUCAUCGUGUGACCCGUACGGACUCGCGCGCCCUUCUUUUAUAUGCAAGUACAUCCUAUCUAGGUUGAGACAAAAAUUUCGCAAUCUUCAAUGCUUGGUGGUAAAAUGUUUAUUGACUAAGUUUGGUCGGGCCGGACCGGAUUAUAAGCACUAGCAUGACCUCGAGCCAAAACUUUAUCUGUCCGGCCCUCCUAUCCAGUCGAUAAGUAUAUUUUACGUAAUGUUUUCCCCUUUCGAAGUUAUGGUGUUUGCCCAUAUACCAAUAAAGCUCACAACCAAAAACGGGAUGCCCACGCUCCAAAAAUUAAUCCGCUCUUUAGUUACAUUAGGUUUACCUUUCAACAGAAAAUCGCCUACAUUUUAUUCUGUUUUUAAAUGGUGACGAUGAACGAAGAUAUAUGCAUUCGAUUCAAUCAAAUCAAAUUCAUAAAAAAAGUCAUAAAAACUUUAGUUAACUUAUGUAAGCGGUCAAACCAAAAGUGCCAAAAAAAGUUAAUAAAAGAUAAUGGUUACUUACCGCCUUAUUGUCACAAGGUCAGGUAAGACAAUAAAAGAGAAUAGAAAAGACAGUAAAAUCAUAAAUCAGCAAAUUGUGUCUAAAUUAACAAUUGUUUUAGUUCAACAGUUCACAAUUCGAAUAGAUGAUUAAAAUCAUACUCACAUACUAUAUUGAGCGGUAUCCAGGGGCAGAAAAGUAACAAAAAAUGUUAGUUUAAGUGAGGAAAGAGUAAUUUAAGAAAAAAAGAAUGCAGUAAUUUCAAAAACUAAUCAAUGAAACUAGGUUAAACACAAGGGAUAAGAACUCGUAUCACACUUUUGAUAAUAUUUUUAGGCAACUGGUUGAUAAGUGUCAUUCCGCUUGUUCAUUGCGGGUCAAAGUUGUUGACCAGAAAUAAGUUUCCGACCUUAUAAGCGGACUUGUCAACAAUGGCAUUUUUGCUGAUUGGAAGGAAGCUUGCAGUAAUUGCCAGAUUUUUGUUAAUGUUAGCAUGAGCGGAGGAAGAUGCCAGUUUAAAAAAAUAUUCUGGUGUACUGUCGACGUUGUAUUUUGACCAUCCCUUUCUACAUCGACAUUUCAAUUUUCUCAGUUUUCCGUCUCUGUUUACUUAGACCCAGUUCCCUGAAAGUUGUAUUUAAUGCAUUAUCUUCCGCACUCGUUGUUCUUAGUUGUCCACCAAACGCAAGAAAGGCAGCUUUAAUCAUAAGAUAUUCUUGAACAAACAAACAAACAAAAGGAGAUGACAACACAUCAUUAUCCUUAAAGUAAUUAGUUCUAAGCUUUCACUUACCGCCUGAUGUAUUUACAUGUAUUUGAUCCACCGAAGGCGAUAUCGAGAGCAAAGAAAACAAUAGGGAUAAGCAGAAUUCAAGAAUUAUAAAACAUUGUUUAGUUCAACUAACAUUUAUAGUUCAAGUAGGCAAUACUAACACACUUCCUAUCAAUCAUCAUAUGGGACUGAAAGCUGGCCUCGAUUAUUCUUCAUCAACUGUUUUCGAGAUAUGUCAUUUAUUUUGCUAUUACAGCAACUGGUAUUAGAACAUCAAAUUCUCAUCCUCAUCCUCUCAUCCUGUGUUUUGUUACUCAUGCACGUUUGCGGUAUUUAGGAAUGUUAUGGAAAGGGGAGCAGAAACUGAUGUUAUAACUAAAUUAUUAACUUCAGUAAUCUAAUCAAAAAUCACUUACACGCUGGUGUAUUUCACAAAGGCCGCACAUGAGUAGAGAAAGCACAGAAUGAUAAUUAAGUUAGGAAGAUUAGAUGAAAAAUAAGUAAACCAAUAAAUGAAUUAUGCAUCGAUUAAUUUGAAGGGAGCUCCAGGCGUUUGAACUUUUGAAAAUUGAUCCGUUCAAAUUUCAGCUCCCGGGGCCAAAAUUGUGUUUCAAUACCCUACCCAAGUGCUGGACUUGAUGGUCAAUUUUUUUAAAAGGCAAAAUGAGCGAUCCUGACAUUCUAUAAAUUUGCCAAGCCUUAUAAGCUAGACCUUGUAGACCUUUUCUCAGGAGCCAUUCGUACCCAAAAGUGAACUCUUUUUCUUAAAACACCUCCACAUUAUAAGUUAAAACACUUGCAUUGACACUUCCGGCUCAAAUUCCAACCCCAGCCAGGCGAGGCUCACAGUCCUCAACCCUAGGCACGAACGACAGUUCCCCCACGGGGGAAUGUUAAAGCUUUAAAUUGAUCAGCACAUUAAUCAAUAACUGAAAGAAAAGCGAAGCCAUUUGGUCUUGAAACGUUUUUAAUGCAAUGUGGUGCAAUUGAAACAAAAAAAAGAAGUAUAUUGUUUUUAAAAAAUUUUGAUUUUCUUUCGGUGGAACAGAAGUAUGGAGAAGUCUUUCUUCAAGACUUUUACCGAAAAAGUUUUUCGUCAAGUUUAAGAUGGUGACGCUUUGAUAUCUCCUUUGCAGAGAAUAAGGAGGAAAAAAAAAAAAUCCUUAACAUUGAAUGGACUCAAAUCCACGCUAACUUGCAUUCAAAGUUAAAUAUGAUGCCACAAGAUAAAGUUAUUUAUCUAAUUUUAACAAUCAUCUGUUGUUCAAAACAUUGCAAAAGAAAAAUUAAGUGAGUCCUGAAGAGAGGCUAAAGUAAAAUUAUUCAUUAAGGUUUAGGAUUCAGUGUGUGACCUUGAAACAUGAGUUAUUUUCCACGCCGAAACGCAAAUCUCGAUUUCUGAAUGAAGUACAACGCCUCCUGAUCUUUUCUUUUGUCGUUAUCAGUUUUCAGCUGGUAGAAAGGGUACUGAAUGGGAGUGUUUAGCAGCUUUUUGGUCAUGUGACAUGUUAGGAGUCACAUCUACAUUAAGAAAUUGAAGUAGCACUUACUUCCUGAUGUUUCCGAAGUGCAGUCCAUGAAAAACAUAGAAAAAAGGAAGAGCUAUUGUAAGUCGUGCUGCAAAAACUUGGUGACCUGUGAGCAUAUUGUUAUCCUGCUCGCCAGGGCAAAUAAAACAAAACAUUAUAUACAAAAACAAAGGGGGCCUCGCCAUGGAAACGUGAAAGACGUCAACUUAAUGGGAAAACAUAAAACACAUUGAAUCAAUUUUAGUAAAUGUUUUGUAUACUAGUGACUGUCAACAGUAAGUUUCGAUUAAAAAAAAAACUUUCUAAAAAAAAUUCCACUCCCACAAGCAUAAAUGCUUCAAACAGGUGGCUGCUACGCUUCUCUUUGACAAAAGUGUGAUUACCAAUGCACUGAAAUAAUUACAGAAAAGUAAAGAUGACAUAGAAUAAGUAAGUGAUAAAUAACUGAACAUAUUGUUUUGCACUUAAAAGUUAAGAAAUUACUAAAAUAUCCAAAAGAUUACUUACGUUGAGCUGAUAUUUCCGUGAGAAUGUUUCGUACAUUGAGAGAAAAGAAAACAAUCUCAAAUUACUUAGUAACCAGGAUUUGUUUAUUGCAUUUGUAGUUGAAAGAAAAUAAAUAGCAACAACAAACAACUAAGUAAACAAUAAAAAUGAAGUGGAAACUGAAGAGAAACAUACUACGUUGUCAGCAGUAACAACAAUAAGAACAAGCCUUAAUUUUGCUUACUCGGUCCAUAUUAUAGUUAUAGUUAUUAAUUAUUCGAUUCAUUAAAAAAAGAGAGAAGGCGGAGAGACAGCUCCCAAUAUUUGUUUGUAUCUCGACCUGAUUACUACAACACAACUCGAAUAGUUAGCCAUCAGCCCAUAGGAAAGGCGACUGCACUAUUUGAUAACAAACUUACUACACUGCUGUUCAUCUGAACCAUCACCACAGUCAUCUCCGUGAUGGCAACGUCUCCAUUUACUAAGACACUUUCCAUUAGCACAAGUGAACUCGUGGUUUGCACACUUUCCUGUAUGAUAAUACAAAUAACUUCAAUUCAAAGACAAAAUAUUGAGCCUGUGUAUUUAAGAAAACGAAAAGAACAAACAAAACCUGAAAUAAUCCAAACAAUUUAGACACACUUCUUAGCUCUGAAGUCAAAAACUGUAGGACAGUUAUUUUCAUCUCCGAGGUUAUGCCUUUGUCUCGAAAUUCUCCUCUGCUAAAUAUGUUUGAACCGAUACGCAGACAAACAAGCAACUCGCAAGCUGUUGCUACCACAAUUUCCCUUGAUAAAUUUUAAUUCACGUCGUCCUCAGAAAGGAGAAAGUUGCCGCUGACCCUUGGUCUCUCUGUGUCAUGUUUUUUUCUUUUAACUUUUAGAUUGAUUUUAUAAAAAUGAAGGGAUGAGGACUCGGCAUCAAACUGUUUUUUAUAUCAUGAAUAUCCGUGAAUUUCAGUUGUCUUGACAGAAAGGCUUUGUAAAUAUAUAUGGAAAAAAGAAAAACUGAAAUCAGUGAACAUGUUUGAUCAGUUUCUUUCCUCUAUAUCUUAUACAGCCUCCCUAUCAAGCAGGAAGUGACCAGCUAGCUUUGGUUUUUGUUCCGUUUUUGUUGUUUCAAUCCAUCUCUUGAAAUCAUUUUUUAAUAUUUCAAACACCCGCAACCUUAGAUUUUCUAUUGAUAGUUACAUGUAAAUCAAAUAAAUACAAGCGACGUGUUCAAAAUAUGCCAUUCCUUUAAUGCGGUUAUCCGAGCAAUAUUACAAGGAGACGACACAAAGAUAUAUUUAGAUUUAUGAUACUUACGGCCAGCUAAUUGGCGCAGGUAAAACAUGAAAGAAAAGGAAAAGUUACUCAAUUGGUCUAUUAGUAUCAUUACAAUAAGCUCUAUGAAAUUUUGUGUAUGGCGCACUGGCACUGGUGUAAAAGAAAAAUUUAUUCGUAAGCUCUACAUUAGCAAUUUAAUAUCCCCUGUGUUGCGACCGUUCGCCUUUUCGCCUUUUCGCCUUUUCGCCUUUUCGCCUUUUCGCCUUUUCGCAGUCAAUUAAUACAGUCAAUUAAGGCAAUGCCGAUGGGUGCAUGACUACAUUUCCAGAAAACCUUUUUCGAAUUAAUAUGCUAACGCUUGGGGAACUCAAUAUACUCGAGAAAUCUCGAAGUGUUCAUUCACUGCAUGCAUGCGUAAUAAUGGUUGCUUUAAAAAUUUAUCAUAUAGAGAAUUUUACGUUGCAAAGUACAAAUCAUCAUUUCUGGUCUCCUAAUUAAUGCAUUUGAUUUUUUCCAACGGUAAGAUACAAAAGGAGUUCAUCUCGUAUAUGAAAUCGCCGCUAUCUCAUUCAAGUAGUUGCAGUUUAUUUCAUUCGAUUUUAAAGUGACUUUGGCCAUCACAAGAACCGUCUUCAUGCCAUUAGACUUCUUAAUCUAAAGAUGACCCAAUGUGAAGGCAUUCAACCAAUAGCCAGUUCAGUUUUGUAAAAAUACCUCUGCAUAUGAUUUACGUCAAAGCUUCAUUUCGCUGUCUUGGAGGUAUUCUUACAAACGAGGGGUUCUUGGAAAAUAUAGCUUUUUUUUUCUAUAUUUUUGAAAAGAGAGUGAGCCUUCCAAUUUGAUAUUACUUUUUGAGAAUAGCAUUUUUACGCUAAGCCCAUAUAAAGAAUAAGAAGAUGUACAGAAGUAGAAGUUACCUAUCAACCUCAGUACUUACUGCAUUGUUCGUCUGAUCCAUCACUGCAGUCAGUGUCCCCAUCGCAGCGGUAAGACGCUGGGAUACACUUUUGUUGAUUUGCACAAGCAAACUGAUGGCUUCGACAAGUUACUAGCAGAUGAUUAAAAGAAACACAUGAACCGUGACAAAACGUUGGCGCUUCUUCUACAUUUCUUACCAAAAAUAUAUAAUGAAUAUUAAGGGAUGCUUCACGACUUGAGCAGCUUACUUUUAGUGAUUGAUCUUUUGUGAUUGAAAUUUUGCUUUGACUUUUCAUUAAAGACAAAGUUUGAUAACCAUCAACUUCCACUUCACAUCUUUUCAGUUUAUCGGUAUGAUUUUAUCGAAUUCUGUAUUUAAUAACCUUUUCGUCGAUUCAUAGUUUCUGAAAGUUUACUUAAAAAACAGCCCGUGCGAAUUUUUUUCUCCAGAAGGCGCCCAGGAAGGUCUGACUCUGUCCCGAGAAGAAAAAUUUCUUGAUGGCAACAAACUCCUGAGAUUAGUUUCCCUUUGUUCUCGAUGAGAGAUAAAGUCUUCCAAUCUACUGAAACUCUCAUGAAACGAUUGGAGUACAAAUCGCCUACAUCAUACACAAUUCAGAAGUUCACUGAUUCGCCAGUAUGUGAUGAGAUUUACUUUAACCAUCAUUGUUAUUAUUACCAUGAUUAAAAAUAGACAUUUAUUGUCCAAUAAAAUUUUCAUGGGAACGUUUCAAGAUGGCGAGUUUUCGAUGAAAUGUCGCAAUUACCAGUAAGACACGCCUCAAUCACGGCGAGCUUCUUACCUGGGAUUUAAAUCUUUCUCAUUAUUUUUUAAAUUAACGCCAACAUGAGAUUAUGAAUGGUUUAGACCGGUUGUUACAAGUACUUAGUGUAUCAGUUCUGUCAAAAUUCGGAGUGACGGGUUAAGUCCUCCAAGGUCUCCUUCAGAUACAGAAAAGCCUGUUCAGAAUAGGGUUGGAAUGUGUAAUGCAUUUAUCAUGCUAAGCUUUUUUUUUGGUUGUAAGGAUUCAUACGGAAUCACUCUGUUGACCAGUAGUUAAACAUUACGAAGUAGUAAUAGUAACAUACUAGCAGAUGAGCAGGGGACGGCUACCAGAAUGAGCAGUAGAACAAUCUGGGGAUUCAUGGCAAUCUUUGUGGAAACAAAAAAGGUAAAAAUAAUCAAAAUCGAAUGUAAUGAGUCAAAUUGUUCCUUUUUGGUAGGAAAGUAAGCAAUCCGCUGAUUUUUUUUUGCUUUUAGGUAAGUUCUCCCACCGAUAAAGGAACGAUAGGCAGUCUGAGAUUGAUUGUAGCUACUGAUAUUGCUAUUGAUACAGCACAAUUUCAAUAGCAUUAAAAGAAAUUGCGAUUACUUUUCAUAACCUGCCACAUCACACAUAUUUAUGAAUAACCUGUUCCAAUAGAGAAAGAUAAUUAAAAAAUAAAGUGACCAAUUGACUUUCAACCAAUAGUUCAAGGGUUAAAAGAUAAAAAUUCAUAGAGGGCUCACUCGAAAACCCAACGGUUCCUCCAGCCUCUAGGCUCCAAAAUGAUACAACUAUGUUUAUUUUUCCUUUUCAUUAUAAUCAUUUUUCUUAUUUCAUUGUAAUUCCAUUUUUGUGAGAAAUAAAGACUUGUUGUUGUUGUUGUUGUAGUAAUUAUAACAAUGAUAAUGAUGAUAAUAAUGCUACUAUGAUCACAAGCUAUUGAGAAACGAUCAAAAUUGCAUUUGAAAACUUGUUGUGCAAUUUGAUAUUUCACCAUUACGGCUUAAAAUGAAGAUUUUUUGUUGACAUUAGCAACAAUGAAGUGUACUGAUAUAGACGGUCGGUGCAGAUCAAAGAUAAGGGGACACUGUAAAGAAGUACCAUGUGCACGCAUCAAGCGACAUACGUCGACAUACUCGCAUAAACACCCGUAUGUCCUUCUUGUAUGGGCCUUUGUUAUUCAUUUCUCUACCUGUGCUUUGAGUGGCAUUGAGUUGUAAAAAAAAAGAGAUGGUACUGUUAAAGCGCUGGCUGCUAGAUGAGGUGGGUAAAGUAAUUAUGAAGACGUCCAUGAAAGUUAUCGAGUAGAAUAUGUCUGUCUUAUGAUAAAAAUAUGACCGUUCUUUUUUUUUUUUUUUUUUUUUUUUUUUUUUUUUUUGUUGUAUUGUAAUUUCUGGUCACUUACACCUGUAAAGUAAUAAUAUGGCCUUUUUAGUAAACUUGUAAGGGUGGAAAAAAAGGAACACUUUACCUUUCUUGCACUUGGCAGUGACCUGAUUCAAAACGCUUGUACAAUCUGAAAAAGUAAAACAUAAUCAAUUAAGAAAUUGGAGUUCGUAUCAAACUGAGAAAACUAAAGAAUAGAAAUUUAAUUAUUCAUAAAUACAUUUUGAUUAACUGUGUUACUUGUUCGUCACAGCAUUCCUGAAGCCACUUGAAGUGACUUCUGAAUAGGCAAGCUUAAUUAGAAUUUUAUCACCAAUCUGCUCCUUACAGAUACUCAUUCCAGCACGGUAAAAGAAACUGAAUUUGACAAAAAUCGAAACUUCUUGAUAUCAAAUUUGAUUGAGCACUUUUAAGCUUUAAAAGUUCAACGCGUUUCAAAUGAGCAAUUACCUUCGAUGUUGUCUUCGAGGUGUUUUAGAGAGAAACCCUCCGAGGAAACAGGUAUUUACUCGCGGGAAAAAGACUGUUCUCUUAGGAUAGGAGAGAAAAUAAUAAUAGUAUUUACAAUAAUAAUGACAAUGAUACUUGUAACUGUAAAAAAAACAAAUACCAGUCAUAAUAAAGAUAUGAAUAACGAUAAUCUAGAGAUGGAUAAAUUGUCAUUUAACAAAGAUCUGAUCGGCAAAUUAGCUUAUUAUUCUUUCAGAUGAUCACAAAUUAAAGCUUUGACAACAUCAAUCUUUUAAACCAGCCAAUCAAGAGACAGACCCUUCCAGUUUGCAGCCAUCUGGGAUCAAUAUCAGUAUCUGGGCAACUGCCCACCUACCCCUCCCCCUAACCCAGCAUUAACCCUAACUUGUCAUCAAUUGACUGUUGUUGGGUUAGGGGAGGGGUAGGUGGGCAGUUGCCCAGAUACUGAUAUUGAUCCGCCAUCUGGAGACAAAUAACAUUAGGUUUAAUGGCGUCAUUAGACUAUUUGAGCCCAUAGUUGUCGAAUUCCGCGGAACCAGGAGGUUCGAGUCUCAACUCCUUGUGGGAAUCUGGAAAAACUUUUUCUUUAAUAUUAACCGCUAGCUGUUUGGAUACAGUCGUUUUACGAAAUUUUGAAAUUUAAGCUUUUCCACAAGUUUCUCUUAAUGUUUAUUAUUAUUAUCAUUAUUAUUAUUAUUAUCAUUAUUAUUAUUGUUUUAAUUAUUAUCAUUUGUCUCGUUUUGCUUUUCAAUUUUGUUGUUUCGGUUUGGUUUGUUUCGUUCUCUUUUCAUGUCUAAUAAUUAUUUUCUCUUAUCACCAUCAUUUUAUAUUAUUUAUUAUUAUUAUUAUUUAUUAUUAUUAUUAUUAUUAUUAUUAUUUAUUUAUUUAUCAUUUAUUAUUUAUUAUAUUAUUUUCUCUUAUCACCAUCAUUUUAUCUUUCAUUUUUUUUUAAGUUAUUAGUAGUAAUCGUUUACUUGAGAUCGAGCGGCCAAGAACAAAUAAUGCAACUUAACCAAAAUACAUAAUAGUUUAUCUAGCCGACAGGUGAUGUGAAGAGAAUUGUCCGACAAAUGUUUGUUUGUUUGUUUGUUUUUUUAUAUUCUAGCACACGGUGUGUUUCCCGUCCAUUGAUAACGAUAAGUUAUCAGAAUUGCAUGAUCUCUCCCUCACUUCAAUUUUUUUUUGUUUUCUUCCUAUAAAAUUUACUAUUUUAUGACAAAAUUCAGAUCGAGAGUAACUGAGGCAUGUUAUGGUCGUUCUGAAAUUUGUUAUAGGACUGUUAGGCAUGAAACAUUCAAGGCGUUUCAAACGAACUAACACCUUUGACGCUAAAUAAUUCUGAGGAGAAACCCUCUAUAAAAACGUGGAUAAUAGGCAAACAGGGGUGGACUGGGGAGAGGUUAAACCUUUAACUUUCAAGAUCUGAUUGUCAAUUCUCCCCUCUUUGUGCUACACAUUUCCUUUUUCAUUGGAUACAAGAAUUUGAUGUUAGAUCAAGAUAACAACCUCUACCUGAUAAGUUUGAAUAUUCUCAUUAUCUGUCUGCUGAAUAAUGUAUGGAUAUCAUAGGAAGAAGAUUCAUAGUGAUCACCACUGGGAGUGAAAGGCUAACCAAUCCCACUUCCCCUGAUAACAAUUUUUAAAAGAAGUAAUAAUAAUGAAAAGAGAAGAGAAACAAUAUCUCUUGGCAAUAAAUUUAAUCUAAACGCCCACCGAGUGAUGCAUGUCGAUUUUUUCAUGGUUUACGGAACAUCUUGCAAAGAUAGAAAAACACUCAUUUGAAGAAACACUGGAUUAGUAGAAAGGCUCCAACAUAUGGAAUAACGUAAAAGAUAACUUUAGGGAAAAAAUAAAGCAAGUCAAAUGACAUCGACCCCCCUUUUCUCCUUCGCCCCCCUCCCCCCCCCCCCCCAAAAAACAAAACAAACAAACAAAAAAAAAAUAGAUUGACGCCUUCUUCACAAGGUUAGUAGAUAGGAGUGACGGAGACAGAGUAGCCUUUUCUUCUUCGAAAGACCCCGGGAGAGGGGGGAGGAUGAAAAACAGACUCUAACUUAGUUUGAAAUGUCAAUCCUAGACCACAUUGAAUUCUUGCGAUUUAGUGCUGCUGCCAUAUCUAUUUUGUCUACGUACUAAAAGAAAUAUCUUUGAAAAAUUCGUGUCAAGCCUGUAACCGAUCUUCAAUCACAAUAUCCGCAAACAAUAAGUAUGAGAUUAUUAAUUUGAUCCGGCGUUACAAACCGGAAAUGAAAUAACCGACCGCACUUCAUUUUACUGAAGAACUACUGCUCCGGGGUAUGCGCGACCGAAGUCAGCGGAAAAUUAUUUUGGAACAAUGCAGUUUAUUUUAUAACAUAGCAAGUAAAUUUGUGUAAUCAAAUUCAAUUGCGCGAGCGUGCUUCAUAUUCCUAUUGUGCAUGCUCAUGACGUCAGCAAACAAAUCCCUCCAAAAAAAAUUUUUUCAUCGGGUUGAAAAUGUUAUAAAACAAUUGGUUCAUACGUCAGCUGUGUGUUCAUCGAGAUAUGAAGCACUUAGGAAGUUUGGAGAGCACUCAAGAAGCUAGAGUUGCUCUCGGCUACGCCUCGAGCAACUUUUACGCAUCUUUCGUGCUCCCCAAACUUCCCGCGUGCUUCAUAUCUCGAUGAACGCACGCUGACGUAUGAACCAAUUGUUAAAUAACGCCGGUAAAUUCCUUUGAAGCUUUAUUUUAUCCUUUUCGCAUGAAAACAAGAGAAAUGAGCAUUGCUGCCCCUGAGCUCUUAGCUUGAAUUCUUAGCUGUGCUAUCAGAAAAUCACAGAUGGAAAAUUAGCGUUUUCCUUUUUAAACUGUAUCAGCGUGAAAAUUGUUCGCGCUAUGAUAUGUAUCGCUCUCUUUAGGAGUAUUUUUUUUUCAGAGAAUCGCGUUUGAACAUCUUGCAUUUAACUAAAGAGAAAAAAAACAGCAAAUUGAAACUUUCAUAAAGAAUUAUUCAAAACUUUUUUGAUAACCGCACUGAGUUUAUCCACCCGUAACUCAUUUUUUCUUUGUCCCACGCUCGUGGCAAGACGAAAACCAUCUUUCUUUGAAACCAACCAUCACUCUUACAUAAACACAAGAGAAAUUCGCCAAUCUGAUCUCAAUGACACCUAGAACUAUGCUGGCUGCAGACCUACACUCCUGGUAAGGUCACCCAUGCCGAACAGAUCGAUGGGUAAAAAACUAGUCUAAGAGUGACCCCCUGGUCCUCAAGUUGGAGUUUAGGCGCAGGGUUAACGACCCUGCCCUGUAAAAAGAAACGCAUGCUACAGAAGCCGGAUGCAUUAAAAGGGAUGCUUAAGACAGAAUCACAAGAAAGAUUGCAGAGAUGGGUAGAGCACUUGAGUGAAAUUUUAAACAGAGAUGACCCAACAAAUCCAGUGGGAGAGAAAGAAGAAACAGGAGAACUGGAGUAGUUGAGGAAAUAGAUGUGGGAAGAUAGCGAGUACAAGAGGUUAAGGACGCGCUAAGUAAGACAAAGCCACGGAAAGUGGCUGGAAAAGAUGAAGUGGGCCCAGACCUACCGAGAGCUGACAUGUAAUACACCGCAGGUAGGCUGAUUAGAUGUUAUAACAGGCUUUGGGAAACUGAAACGUGGCCGUAAGUGUGGAAGAAUGGACUUGUUGUCAAGAUAUUCAAGAAAGGUGAUUUGCGUGAUUGCAACAACUGGAGAGGAGUGACUUUGCUACCUAUCAUGAGUAAAAUACUCCAAAUGAUGCUGCUAGGGCGGAUCAAGAAAGGUGUAGAGGUGGUGCUCUAGCCAUCAGUACGCACUAAUUAUGCUAUGUCUACAUUUAAAUUCUCUGCAAUAAAAAUUUGGGAACCUUUACCACCUGAAUUUAAACGUUUUCCAUACAUGCUAUUCAAAAAGCGGUAUAAAAGAUUGUUAUUGAGUACUCAAAAUUGACCAUAGUUUAACUGUUAGCUAUAUAACAUAAUGCUUCACAAUAUAAAGUUGUCCUUUUAUUCUACCUUGCAUUUGUGUAUGCCUUUCUUCUCUUACGAUAACAGUAUCGUCUUUAAUGUAACUAUUUAUUUAAAUUAUAUUUAAUAUGCGGCCAACCCCAACUCAUAUCUACACAUGACAGUGACGAACUCGAAAGCUCAUUGGCCACUUUGGUCACUGUACACGAUUAAAUAUUCUUUCUUCUAGUUAAUUUCUGUUUGUCAUUUUCUAUAUCUUCCACCUUCUUCUUCGCACCUUGCAACUAAUUUCAUUGAUCUCUGCCUUUUCAACUACUCUCUUAUUUGUCAUUCUAUGCUGCGUAUGAUUACCUUAUAUCUUUUUCUAUAUGUUAAGUUAUUUUUUUCUGUAAACAGUGUGAAAUAAUAAACUUGAACUUGAGCUUGAAACUUGAACUUGUAGACAAGACGCUUCAAAAAGAGCAAGCUGGCUUUAGACCAAUGACAGUACAACUGAACAGAUCCUUAUAAUUAAAAAAUAACAUCUUAGAGCAGGCAAACGAGUGGAGUACGAGUCUGUAAACGCACUUUGUGGACUUUGAAAAUAGCCUUCGAUUCGGUUCACAGAGAAAGCUUGUGGAACAUCAUGGGGAGCUAUGGAAUUCCGCGAAAGAUGGUGAGCGUUCUAGCAGGCAUAUACGAAGUGUUGGAAUGCACCGUAAUCGACGGAUGGAAGAUAUCAGACUGGUUCAAGAUUAAGUCAGGAGUAAAGCAGGGAUGUGUAAUGUCAGAAUUCUUAUUCUUAAUGUCUAUGGGUUGGAUCAUGAGGAAGACAACAACAGACGAGAGAAGAGGGAUACGGUGGAAUUUAACAACAGUGUUAGAGGAUCUUGAUUUUGCGGAUGACAUCGCUCUACUUUCAUCCAAGUUUAAAGACUUGGGUGUAAAGACAAGGAGAUUGACGGAGGAAGCAGCCAUUGUAGACAGGGAAGGUAGAGACGGUGAAGAUAUAAGAAACAGACCGCAGAAAGCACGCGGUGCAUUCCAGAGGCCAUGGAAGGUGUGGGCAACCAGAGGAAUAAGAGGGAGAACCAAGAUACGCCUAUUCAAGACUUAGUCGAACCGGUCCUGUUAUAUAGUCGUGAAACAUGGAAGAUCACAAAGACCGGUGGAGGAAAACUGAACAGUUUCUAAUGCCAAUGCCUAACACGGAAACUGAUGAUCAGAUGGCAGCAUAGAAUGACAAAUAAGAGAGUAGUUGAAAAGGCAGAGAUCAAUGAAAUUAGUUGCAAGGUGCGAAGAAGAAGGUGGAACUGGUUAGGACACGUACUCAGGAGAGAGGGUGUGAACAACUGUUUUACGGCAUUAGGGUGGACACCAGAAGGUCGAAGGGCAAGAGGAGACCAAAGACCACUUGGAGAAGGACUGUCGAAAGAGGAAGAGGCAAGGCGAAGUGGAAGAGAUGGAAUGUGGCCUGGGCAGCGGCACGCGACA